GGCGAAUGCUGAUUGGCCCGCUCUCACCCUCCCGAGGGCGACAUCACGUGACAUCAUCACACGGCGACAGGUUGCCAGUGACGCGUAUGGAGAGCGCCGCCCACUAGCUCCUGUGAACAGUGAUUCCGCAAUGGAAUCAAACCGGGACGAAGCGGAGCGCUGCAUCGCCAUUGCCCUGCUCGCCCUCAAGAGCCAGAACGCCGACAAGGCAUUGCGCUUCCUGGAGAAAGCGCAGAAACUGUUCCCGACCAGCAAGGCCCGAGGUAAGAGCCAGCAACGGGGACCGAGGGCUGAGAGCGGGCGGGGGAGCUCGGCGAUGGGCUAUCUGGUGCAUCAUCAGCACGGCACCGCGCAUGCGCACUGCGCCCUCCGCGCGCGAUGAAUGCCGGGAGAUGUAGUUCCUAAUCGCCAUGGUAACGCUGUACUCUCACGCCAGGGAUCAUUAUCGCGGCUGGCGGCCUCCCCCUUUGUAGAGUGCUAGGGCCGGGCGGCGGCAGGUUUUGAAUCCGUUGUUCGGUCUGGCCGUGUGACCUGUUGAAAUCUCACGGGGAGACGGUUGGUGAACUACCCAGCGCCUCAGCUGUGUGGGAAACAUGGCCGCCUCGCAAGGCAUGCUGGUCUUGUAGUUCUGCCUGCUUGGCCCAGCCGUGGGAUUUCACGGGGUUUCAGCCUGUGUGGACUGGCUGGCUCUGGAUAUGGGUGCCGGGUGGCUGGCGAACACUGAGUGUUAAAUGUGUUCAUUAUCUAUGUAGUGUGCUCAGAUCCGUUGCAGGGGGAAGAGCCCUGAGGACUACAUUUCCCAGAAUGCAAUGUAUAGAGCUGCUGUCUGUAGAGUCUGAAGAACCAUUAAAAAUAAAAAAAGCCUAUGUUAGCAAAAAUGUCAUUACCUUAUAGGCAUUGUAUAAGGUGAAUUCCACUCACUGACAGGGGUGAUCACCACUCAUGGCACCAGAGGGGCCCUCUCAUUAAACUCUGAAUACUGUGUGAAUAAUAAAUAAAUAAGGCCAGGCUGUGGCUGACACAGAGAGUCUUUACCAAAUUCGCAUUUGUUGUCUAAAUCGUGCAGUUGUGUUUAGUAUUCACUAAGAUUUUGGAGGGUUAUUCUCUAAAGUCUAAAUAGUAUUGAAUUUAAAACCAAAAUUCCCAAAAAAAAGAGGCUCAGAUAACCAAGCUGUGACCGAAGCCAAAUUGGAGAUUUUUAUUUUUUUUUCUUCUCGCAAUGAGCUAUUUUAGCCCCAGGUUUUCUUUAAUCCAGAUUUUAAUUCUCUACCAUUUCCAGUUUUGGGAAUCAGUCCUGUUUGUUUAGUGAAUAAGCCCUUAAUCACUAGCUCUUGAUAGGAAUGGUUCUCUUACGAUGAAUGAUAAAGGUCAAUGCAUGAUAAAGGUUAAAGCUUAUAGUAUGCUAAUGCACAAUUUAUACAAAUAAUUAUAUAUCUGGCCUCUUCUAUUAAACAAAACAAUAUCUCUUCAGUUAUUAAUUAGAUACUGUCAAUUUCUGUUAAUGCAAUACUGUUUUUUUUCUGAUUCGAUUUAUAAUUACAAUAGCCAAGUAUUUAACCAGGAAGGGUACAUUCAGUUAUUUUCUGGUUUCCAAGUACUUCCUGGGGAUGUUACUAUUGCCCAACAUCCAGGGAAUGUUACUGUUACCCAAUUUAGUAAACUAAGGUUUUGCCUACUUCAUUGUACUGAUGUCUGAAGCAAUCAUCCUUCUGAUUUUACAUGGGUCACAUAUAAUUUGUAUUGUAUUUCUAGCCUGCAAAUAGCAUCCAUGUUAGUCAUUAUUUCUGUGUAUCAAGCUUAAUGAUGAGCAUUUGAUUUUAAAUCAAAUAAUAUACAGGAAAAAAAAGUUUGGAGGACAUAUGUCCUCCAUAGACUAUGAGCCCAAAAUUGUCAAUUACAAACAGAACAUAUAAAUAUAUGUUCAAAAUGUAUUCAUCGGUUACUUUAUGAUAUUAAUAAUCUCUUGUUGGCUUUAUUGCUUUAUUGGUGCAUGUAGUUGCGUUUCUUUUGACCUUCUUUGUGUCAAACUGUCUUUCCAAGAUGUUUGGAUUUGGAGUGGUUAUGGUGCUUGGAGUACCAUAGGGCUUUCCCAUUGUAAAUAGUCUGUUUUAGAACAGGUCAGCCAGGUGCUGCUUCUGACCUUUACAACACAACCUACUCAGGAGCUUCUAUCAGCUUUCCUGGGCUAAGCCCUGCACCACCAUGCUUGGCUCAUACCAGAACCUUUUGACUCUUUGUGGAGGUGGGGAGUGGUGCCAGGUUAAAUGGAUACUAUAGUAACCAGAACAACUACAGCUUAUUGAAUUUGUUCUGGUGAGUAGAAUCAUUGCCCCUGAUCUGCCUCCUUGUCAGUCUCAGCCAAUUCUAUGGGGAAGCAUUGUGAUUGGAUCAAGCUACUACUUCUGAUUAUGUCAGUGGGCGGGUCAAAAGGAAACCGGGACAAAGUAAGCAGCUCCAUACUUGAAUACAAAUAAGAUUUUACUGUAUUUAGAUAGGCAUGAGGGGAUCAGGGUGGCUAGAUGGUGGUUUUAACCCUAUAGGGUCAGGAAUACACGUUUGUGUUUCUGACCCUAUAGUGCUCCUUUAAGGAGUGAUAAAUUACAAACCAUACACAGUUACUGUCAUAUAAAUCUGCAUUGAUUAUUUCGUAGAAAGCUAUUAUUAGAUAAAAAAGUAUUUCAAAAAUAGUCCAUGUACUUUGGAGGGAUAUAUAGUCAUAAUGCAUAAAGAUGAAUGGAGUGGAAGGGUAUUAUGCGGUUCGUAAGAUUAACGUAACCAAGUAAUGCAACAUCCUGAAUUUACAAGGGAAAUGAAAAUCAGGGCAAAUAAAUCAGUAUAUUUUGUUGAUGUGAACUGGCAACCUAGUUGGGUACAAAUACAGUAUUUGUCACUUUUACCACCACUGCAAACUAACCUCACCGCAAAGGUUAUAGUGUGGAGAGUAACUGGCUGAUGCUAUAACCUGCCUCUGGAACAAGAGAUGUACUUAUAUCUUUGCUGUCCAAAUCCUGUGCACCUUGACUCACACAAUUGUGGAUGGGCAUUCCUCUGUCUAUUCUGCUGAGAAUCUGAGCUACUGCUCUAUCGUCAGGUCAAGAGGUCUCUCCACACAGGCCAAUUGCUAAAACUAAGAAUAAUUAACCAUAUAAUGGUUACUAUGCACAACCCCAGUCAAACUAUAUCACAUGUGCAAAUCCACAACUGACGUGUGCUGGAGGGGCUGUGGGGAGAAAGGGACAUACCUACAUAUGUGGUAGGAGUGCCCACACCUCCAGUCAUUCUGGAGGGCUAUAAAAGCACUGUUGACCCAGGUAUUCUCCAUAGCACCAGAACUAGAUCCAUGGGUAUACCUCCUGAAUAGAUCACUCGACAGGUAGACCCGGCAGGAACAACUGUUACUACAUAAAAUCACGUUAGCAGCACGAUGUGCUAUAGCAUACACAUGGCUAAAGCAGGAACUACCUCACACUGCAAAUGUAGUGAACAGAAUCAAAGAGACUCGGCUGAUGGACAACCUGACCGCUAGGAUGAGGGGUACUAAAGCAUUCCACAAAACAUGGGAACCAUGGGAUAGCAGUUAUCUGGGCUCUUAGACUCCUUAGACUUCUGGCCCCCAAGCAAGUCCAAUACACACUUCAGUAUCAUUAGAUAUAUAACUUGUGGAUUACCAAGUCUUGCCCAGAGGUGUAGGUAAUGCGUACCUAUAGGAACUAUAAGUGACCACCCCCUUGUGUUCCAGACCAACAUCAAUCCAAAUGGAAACAUUGGGUUCUAUCACCUGUUAUGUACUUGCCACAGAAAUAAUAAUAGCAUCUAUGAAUUUAUCAUUUUUCAGAUCCAUAGAUAAUCCACACUCCUUACUUGUGACCCAAUGUAGCGGACAUUGCAAUCUCUUCCCCUAUGGUUAAGUUAUGCAAAUCAUGUUUGGACAUGAUUAGAAGGUUGUGCUUGUCCCAUUCUAAAUAUAAUAAAAAUUAGGCUUAAUUAUUAAUCUGUGGGUAAAUAUUAAUGUUUCUUUUGGCUAUGAUACUGGAAAACAAGGCUAAUGGCCAUUAACAUAUCAAACGACCCCCUAAGAUCGCUCUUAGAAUCUAAGAGGGAAUCUAGAUUUAUGGCAAAUUAGAGAGUUAAUUCAUAUUUAAACCAGACUUCCAGGCCACUUAUGUGGGACUUCUCACACCUUGCAGAGCCUUUGAUUAAUCAAAGGAUCAAUCCAUAUGGUAUAUCAUCUGACCCCUUUCACAUUCCUAUGCCAUUUACAUUACCCCUUCUGUCAUCUGAUCUCUACCAAGUGGUCAAUUCAUAUAUGCACGACACAAAUUACAUUAAAUGGCAAUAUUCUAUUGAGCAACAAUGAAUUAUGCACCCUUGGCGUGACAAAGUGCAUUUCCCAUAAAUCCCUCCUUCACACUCUAUGGGAUUAAGGGUAAAAAAAAUAAAUACCAGGAUGAAAGGCCCCCUGAUUGGUGCCUGUGCAAGUUCUGCAAUUUUAGGAAGUUUAAAGGGACCCUUCAAGCACUCAAGUGUAGUUUAUUUGUGUUUUAAUUUUCCUUGAUUUUAGUUUUGUCUUCUUGCUGUAUAGCAGGGCUGUAUAGCAGGGCUCAACAAAUCCCCGGUCUCCACGUGAACAGGAAAUUUUGUCCUGGCGCGUUGCUUUUGUGAGCCAGUUCAGCCUUCAAGGUGACCGGCAGAGUGAAAUUGGAGGCAGGCAGUUGGCUCACGGAGGGCUGAGGCAGUCAGCCGGCAGAUUGAGUGCAGCAGCGAGUGAGCUGUAAUCUCCAUGCUCUGCUCCCUCACACACUCUCUGGUGAUCCCAGGAGCUCACUUCAGUCCGGCACGGCAUCACUAAACUGCGCUGUAGGGAGCGGAGCAGAGCAGGGAGGUGCCAACAGCCCCACUGGACCCCAGUUAAAGCUGAUCCACUCCAGCCCUCCCAAAGAAGAGUAAUAAUUUGUGAGUGUUGCAGUGUCUGUCUGCCAGUGAGUGUGUGUAUCAAAUCAAUGUGUGUCUUUGCCAAUGAGUGUAUAUGUUUAGGUGACCUGUCACCCUCCACCUUUUAUUUUUCCCACGCCGCGCUGGUGACACUGCGGUUGGCCCUGCCUCAACAAAAUGCCAUGCUGCGUCAAUCAACUUCUCCUCAUAGAGAUGCAUUGAAUCAAUGCAUCCCUAUAUGAAGCAUUAAUGUAGUUGCUGCACACUGUGCAGCACUUGCCCAGGAAGCACUUCUAGAGGUAGCAUGAGUGACUGUCACUAGAGGUGUUACCAGGCCGUAAUGUAAAUUCUGGCCUCUGACUGAAAUGUCAGUGUUUACACUGAAAAGCGUGCAGGGAUAGGAUAUGGACUUUAGAACAAAUUACAUUAAGCCGUAAUGGUUCUGUUGACUAUAGGGUCCCUUUAAGAAUUGUAUUUCUGAUGUUGAAAAUCCUGGCUAUUAAUUUUUGUAGCUGGCUCCUAGAUUCCAAGCAAAUUUGUCAUGUCUUGCUGUAGGGGCAGAGAAAUGGUUUUUUUUUUGUCUCUUCGGUUGCAUCUUUAUUUCAGAAAUUAUGUAAUAUAUGUGAGUUUACUUGUGUGCUGUGUGUACUUGAUAUAAAGCCCAUCAGAGAGAUCUGUCUGUCUAAUCUCAUGUGUAGGAGUAGGUGUAUAAAUACAUAGCAAUAUUACCUUGGCCAUAGGCUUAAAGGGACACUCUAGGCAUAAUAACCAUUUGACUCAUUAAAGUGGUUAUGAUGCCUAGAAUCGCCUGGCACCUGUCCCACUGCUCAGUGUUAAACUGUUUUUAAAUGGUUUAACACUGAAUGAGGGUCCUCAGCCACUGGCAUUCUAGCCCCUCUAGCUGCUGCUAAUGCUUCCACCUUAUCACGAGCAAAGAUAGGCACUAGUGAUAAACUGACUGCAUAAGAGGAGUGUCAGCCUGUCAUAGCCGCUGAUUGAUGGCAUGGAUUAUUAUGACUAAAGUGGAGAUGCCUCAAUUAGGCAUCCAGAGAUCCUCAUUCAGAGUUAAAGUGGCACUGUCAUCCUCCCCACCCUGAAAAUUGAGCAUGUCAUGAAGAUAUAAUGUUUAUAAAAUACUUAUAUUGACUAUGUUGGGAUUUCACUGAGAUUCCAACACGGAGAUAUAUAGACCUGAGUUGUAGGUACUACUGUGUCUCUGUAUAUUUCCUACACCUGACCGUUCUAGACACUGGGUGGAACUACCACCAUCACCCCAGCCUUCACCAGUGCCGGCUCCAGGGAAUCUGCUUUAUCUAUUGAGGAUCUCGCGGUGACCAUUCAGCAGUAAAAUCAGCUCCUGCGCUGAAAUGGCAAUUAUAAGGUUAAUGACCCAAUGAGUGAAGAUGGUGGCACCUACAAGGGAAAACUUUGCAAGCCGCUCCCUCCAGAUUCUGCAAAGUCCGUAGACCGUGGCAGUGCCGCUUUACAUCACUGCGGGAAGAAAAAAAGUUAUACGAUGGUAGUGGUAGAGCAUCAAAGGGGCUCCAGGCACCAUAACCACUUAAAUGAGAUGAAUUAGUUAUGGUAGCUAGAAUGUCUCUUUAAGUCUUGUAAACAAUGUAACUUUUAUUUACGAAGAUCAGAUUGCUUAUUAUUUCAUCAGCCUACAAGACACCUGUUGCUGCAUUGUCUUUCUGGAUUUCAUUGGAUUUGCAAUGUUCAAUGUAAUGCCUCUUUGCAGUAGAGUUUGCAGGGCUGGUGGGGAAAAAAUUUUUUUAUUUGGUUUUUUUUUAUUUUAUGUGUGUGUACAUAUAUACACACACACACACAAAUUUUUGCUUCUCUUUGACUUUGCUUGAUGCAAUAUUUUUUUAAUUAUCUCAACAAAUAAAACUACAGGAAAUAAUCAAUACAUUUUUUUUUUUUAAAUGCUUCUAAUAGAGGGAGCAAUGUUAAAUUUUUUUUAAGGUCUGUCCGGGUAUCGGAAUAUGAUGCCAGGAGUACCCUGGUCUGUUUCCCCGGUAAUGGGGCAAACUGUUUAUUAAUGGUUUGCCCUCUUACAUGGGUUCUUCUCUGCUUCUAAGGCUCCUGUUAUUCUAGGUCAGGAAUAGGCAACCUUCGGCACUCCAGAUGUAGUGGACUACAUCCCCCAUAAUUCUUUUACAUCCAUAAUGCUGGCAAAGCACCAUGGGAGGUGUAGUCAAAAAUAUCUGGGGUGCUGAAUGUUGCCUAUGCUUGUUCUAGGUUAUGGGAUCCCUUCCGUCUUCAACAGAGCUGCAAAAGUCUGAAUGCUAUCAAGUCGCAAUUCAUUGGCUGAGAGCAUCAUCUGCCUGCUAAUGAAUGGCACACUGUGCAUGUACAUUGACAUUAGCCAGCUCGGAACGCUGCAUGCACGUUGCAUAAAGCAGUCAGGGAGAAUAGCCCAUAGGCUAUGUACCAAGGUAGACCGACAUGGGCUUAGAGUCUAUCUUCUUGGAGGGAGCCUUUUUAUUUAUUUAUUUAUUUUUUUUGCUGUGAUUUUACGAGAAAUCAAUAAAUUUGCUAGCAAUUUGGCUUAGACAAUAUAUAGAUAAAAUCAGAAUGUGAAUUAAUCAAUGGUAAGAUCACCAUCGCGUGAUAGGUAUCCUUUUUAAGGUGCACACAUAAUUUGGAGUUCCACAUCUUAUUGUUGCUGAGUUUUAUUUUGACUCUUGCUUAGUGUCAGCCCUGCAAGUGCAUCUGCUUGAAGGCAAUUUUAAAGCAUUUCCUUGGGCAUUUAUUUUUCUUCGUAUAGUCCAUCACAGUAUGACUAAUUUUUAAAUAGCUGUUUCUCCCAAUCUAUACAUUUCCUAGGAAAGCUGCUAGCACAAUGUAUAGAUAUAUUUAUAUGCUCUUUAAAAAUAAUGCUGUUUUAUUCACAUACCAAAUGCAUUUUUUCUUUAAACAUUUCAUUUGGUUUAGUAAGACAGCUAUAAUGCUUAGAAGCUGUUUAAAGGGACAUUUCAUGGUUUGUAUCCUCGUACCUCACUUUCUCUGUAUAAUUGUUAAAAUAAUUGGAGGAAGCAUAGUGCACUUUAUACCAGUAUGCUAGCACUCCUAAAAAACAUGCUGAAGCAUCUUGAAUGAUUAACGUAUACACUGUCCUGUAAAGGUGAUUAUAAACUUCUUGCCUUAGUCAGCUAAACACAGUACAGGGUCCACCAUCUGAUGACAUUAAAUUAAUGAGGAAGAUCCAAAUGAGUCGUGUUUACUCUUGUGGGUUUUAUUCCCUGCUAUCAUUCUCUCAUUUUGUGAAAACAUUUUUUUUUACUUUAGUUUAAAUAUGUAUGUAUAUUUAAUUUUUUUGGUUUGGGUUUUUUUUUUUGUAUAUGUGUGUGUGUGUGUGUGUGUGUGUGUGUGUAUAUAUGUAUAUGUAUAUAUAUAUAUAUAUAUAUAUAGAUAUAUACGCUUUUGCACACAAGUUUACCCACAAAUUAUUGUUUAAACCUAAAAUUGUAAAAAAAAUAAAAUAAAAAUAAUCUUGUGUAUUAUGUAGAAGUGCUCGAAAUACAAAUACCAAUGUCAGUUGAGGUCCUGAGCCAAUCUGUAGCUCACUAUUUGCAAUGUGCAUAUUUUUCUCAAUCUGUUUUGUGAGUGAGGAGCUACUGAUUGGCUUAGAAUAUCAGCUAACACUCUUAGCCAAUUAGCGGUGCCCUGUCUGAGGCUUCAGGCCUCUCAGAAAAGCAGAAGGGGGCAGAGUUAACUGAGCUGGAGUCAAGACUUUAGGGAUUAAAUUAUUAAUGAAAAAGGUAAGCCGGUACCAUGCCUUCAUGGCACCAUAACAUUAUUCCUUUGAAGUUGUUAUGGUGCCCAGAGUGUUUCUUUAAGAGUAAUCUCUAUAUAGUACAGUAAAUUUAGAAAACUUGGUUAAGAUAUUUUAAGAGGAAUUUCUAAAAAUUGCUGUACUAUUUAAAGAUUUCAAUAAAAAUGUGGGAGUCUCUGGCAUUUAAAACCCAACCCAUUGCUGCCAUUUUGUUAAAAUCGCAAUUUUGACAUUAUUCAAGCAGCUGCAGACAUGCUUGGCUUUUGGUAUUUGGAAUAACCCUUUUAUGUUUAAUUUUUUUAUUUUUUCAGGGGCGGGUGGGAUUGGUAUGCUGUGUUAUGUUUAUUUUGGGGGAGGCAGGGGGAUGAUGUUGGUGUUUCUUCUUUUUUCUUCAAUUGUCUACAAACAGGACUGUUUGACAGGACGGUUAUUUACUAAACUACUGAAGGAUUAAAAGUAAAAGUAUACUAUUAGUGCCAGGAAUGCAAAGCUGUAUUCCUGGCACUAUAGCUACCUCUGCCUCCCUCCCCUCCCCGCUCAGUGGUCUAUAAACGUUAAAAAAAAAAAACACACCUUUAUUUACUUGGCUUACCUCAGCGCUGAUGUCCCUCGGUGCUGGGUCGCCUCCUCCUCCAUCCCACGACUGGUAAAUAAAGGGUUAAAAACCCUUCACCCGAUUCCAGCACUGAUGUGCCGUGGAUUAGUCCCCUCUAACAACCUGCGACGAGCACGUGCUAAUGCGCGCGUAUUAGACCUCCCCAUAGGAAUUAAUGCUCUAAACUACUUUCAACUACUUCCUCCCUUGGGCUGUUUCUCUCUCUGACCUCUCGCUUAUCAUUUGCUCUCGAGUACCGCCUAACCCCCCUCAACUCAGGAGGAACCUUAAUUCUAUUGACCUCCAGCAGCUGUUAGCCGAUAUUGAUUCGCAACUUCUAACCAUCCCUUCCUUCUCUUGUCCCUCACUGGCCAUCUCCACAUAUAACACUAACCUCACCUCCGCCUUGAACACUGCAGCCCCACUCCAAACAUUCACCUUCAGGAGGACACGCUCCCAACUGUGGCAUACUAAAUCAACACGCUACCUGCAAAGAUGCUCCCGUUGUGCUGAACGCUGCUGGAGGAAGUCUCGCACCCAGUCAGACUUUAUCCAUUAAAGAUUCAUAUUGUGUUCAUACAGCGCAGCCCUUGCCCUCGCCAAACAGUCCUACUUGUCCUCUCUUGUUAGUUUGUGCUCCCGCAGUCCCAGGCGUCUCUUUGACACCUUUAACUCUCUUCUUCGCCCUUCUGUGGCCUAACCUUACAGCCGAGAGCUUUGUAUGCUACUUUACCGACAAGACUGAACGGCUAAGGAAAGAAUUCUCCCCACCCCGCCUUUCUCUUUCUUAACCACACGUAGAUCAUGCCUUUCCUACCCUUCAGACUUUCUCCCGGCUACUGUGUCAGGAUUACUAGUUGAUCCAGCACGUAGAAGUGUGUCACACAGAUGACUAAUAGGUAAAAUAUUACCGGGCCUUAGAAUGGCCGGACUGAACGUACCAAAGCGUAGUCUGGAUACUUGCCGAGGUCAGGGGAUACAGAAAGAAACACAACAAUAAGGGAAAGCCAGAAGUCAGGGAUACCAGAAUACAGGGAAGUAAAAAACCGUAAGAAACUUGAAUCCAUAACGCGCUCUUGGACAACCACUAGGGAAACCACGACAGGGCACUGAGCAGGAUGAGAACUGGGCCUAAAUACCCCUCUUCUGGAUCUGAUAGGCUGUAAUCGGCCUUUGACCCCAAAGGCAGUUACCAGGUUCCCAUUUGCAUAAUUGCUGCUCAGCACAAACCCUCCUGUGGAUUUGAUUGCUGCUCGGCACAACUUUUCCUGUCAGAACAGUAAAUGUCAUUAAUCACAUUUUUAUAUGCGGAUGAAUGUGACAUACUGAACAAAAGGUGGCUGCGCUUCUCCUUUCCAUUUGCCCGCUUGAUCCUGUCCCAUCUUACCAUAUCAGAUCUCUCUCUCCCCUUGUCUUGUGCCUUCCUUAACACACAUCUUCAACUGCUCUCUCUCUUCUGGCAUUGUCCCUGCUGACCUUAAACAUGCUACUGUAGUACCUAUUCUGAAAAAUCCACCCCCUCUAACUAUCGUCCCAUAUCCCUGCUCCCUUUUUCUUCAAAGCUUCUGGAAAGACUUGACUUUAUCCAUAUAUCUAACUUCCUCAACUCCAACUCUCUCCUUGACCCUCUUCAAUCUGGCUUCCGCCCCCUCCACUCUACUGAGACUGUCUUAUCAAAGUUACUAAUGACCUAAUCGUGGCUAAAUCCAAAGGCCACUACUCCAUACUAAUACUUCUUGACCUCUCUGCUGCCUUUGACACAGUUGACCAUGCUCUCCUUCUUCAAACUCUUCAAUCACUCAGUCUCUGUGACACUGUCCUCUCAAGUUUUAGUCCUAUCCCUCCCAACGCUCAUUCAGUGUCUCCUUUUCUAAUGAUACCUCCUCCAUUCAUCCUGUCUCUGUUGGAGUUCCCCCAGGCUCUGUCCUUGGUCCCCUUCUAUUUUCUGUUUAUACUGCCACUCUUGGCAAACUUAUUGCCUCAUUUGGAUUCCACCACCAACUCUAUGCUGAUGACGCCCAGCUAUAUCUCUCCUCCCCAGACCUUUCCCCUGCCGUCCUGCAACGUGUCACUGCUUGCCUUUCCUCCAUCUCUGACUGGAUGUCCUCCCACUUUCUAAAACUAAAUCUCUAAAAAAUGAACUUGUCUUUCCUCCUCCUAAUACUGAUCCUCUUCUUUUGCUCUCCCUUCAAGUCAGUGGUAUCCACAUCAGUCCAUCCUUACAAGCUCACGUCGUGGUGUCAAAUUUGCUUCUAGCCCCACAUCCAGCAUGUUACUAAAUCCUGUAGAUUCCAUCUUAAAAGCAUAGCCCGCAUCCUCCCCUUUCUUACACAAGAUGGUACCAAAGAGCUUGUCCAUGCUCUAGUAAUUUCCUGCAUGGAUUAUUGUAACCCUCUCCUAAUUGGUCUUCCCAAAAACCGUAUUGCCCUGCUACAGUUUGUAAUGAAUGUUGCCUCCAGACUGAUUUUCCUCUCUAUUCAGUCCUCUCACACUUCACCCCUCUGUGAGUCCUUACAUUGGCUUUCUGUAUAAUUAAAAAUGCUAACCCAUACCUAUAAAGCAUUGACCAAUUCUAGCUCCUCUUAUCUUUUCACAGAUCCAUAGGUAUGCCCCUUCUCAGUCUCUCCACUCUGCCCGUGACCUUCUCCUGUCCACUACUCGCACACGUACAGCCAACUCACGCUCGCGGUUGGCUCUCUUCCUAUGGAACAGCCGGAAUAUCGCCAUCAGACUCUGCCCUAGUGUUCAAUCGUUUAAGAAGUGCCUUAAAAUCCAUCUUUUUAGGAAGGCUUAUGGCCUCCCAGAGUAACCUCUCCCUCACAUACCUGUCUCUUACUCUCUCCUGAAGGGCAGCACUAUACUCUCUCUUCCAGCUCUGCUUCACUCCCACCUAUUUUGAUUGAUAUUUCCUGUCCUGUUGUGUUUUACACCCCACCUCCUAUAGACUGUAAACUCGUUUGAGCAGGGUCCUAUUCAACCUUUCGUUCCUGUAAGUUUUUUUUGUAAUUGUCUUAUUUAUAGCUAAAUCCCCCCUCUUAUAAUAUUGUAAAGCACUACGGAAUCUGUUCGCGCUAUAUAAAUGGCGAUAAUAAUACCAGACCAAAGGUCCAUUUGGAUGCAGGAAGCACCUCUAGUGGCAGACUGGUUGACAGCCACUGGAGGUAGACAUAGUACUGCAGUGUAAACAUUGCAGUUUCUCUGGAACUGCAAUGUUUUAUAUUUCAGCACUACGUGCAAUAGGUCAUUAUACCCAGGCCAAUUUAAUUAGCUGAAGUGCCUAUAAGGGCUUUUCUUAAUUUUGAUCUUUCAGUUGUUUAAGAGAUAUCUCCCUAGUUUAGUAACUUAACAUAUAGCAAUACCGUGUAAGAAUACCCAAUUAAGGAGCCAUCAACUAUUAUAAAUGUGGUCCAUUUACACACAUGGGCACCUGGACCUCAAAGAUUGCUGGACCCUGCUUUACACCAUACCCAUUACAAUAUGCUAUAAUCUUUUAUAAUGCUUAGUGUGUCACUUUAAAAUAUAAAAUAAAAGAAGAGAACUGAUAGAUUAAAAAUGUAUCUUUAAAAAAAAUAAAAAUAAUAAAAAAAAUAAUGUUUUCGUGAUCAAUCCAUGUGAGGAAGCACAUUCUAUACAGACAGGGACUGGUGUGCAUAGUAGAUGUACCUGGCUGCUCUUGCGUACAAGACAUGCAGACAAACUCCACAGGGAGUUAUCUACUUCUCAACUUCUAGUUUUCUCAGAGAUAUUGCAUGUAUUCUGACAUUUGGAGCAGUGUUUUAACCAUUUGUAAUACAUGCUUUUAUUUUAAAAAAACAUUUCCAAGGCUGUAGUGUCAUUUGUAGGAAAGUAUUGUAAAGGUCCAAACAAUAUAAUAAUCUUACUUUAUGUCCAAUUACUGGUGCCCUAGUUUGCCUGGCCUUACAGAAUAUGUCUAUUUUGAUCCAUGAUUUUGGGAAGACAAGAGUCUUCUGGAUCAUUUGUGCUAUUUAUUGAACCUCAAUAAAGGGGCGGAGCUUGGAAGCGGAACCGUUCAGACGCCAUUUCUGACGGCUCCUCGCUGCUGAAUCAACAUCUGUCAAAUAUCUCCUGAUUAAGAGCCCAUCCAGCUUCACAACACCUCUAACUUGUUCCCCCAAGUCGAGCUGCAUCAGUCGAUGCCUUUCUUUUACUCACCUAAACAGCCCAAGUCGAGGCGUUAGAACGGGGCCUAUUACACACCGACCGUCAAGGGCCUGGAAUCGCUGCUUGGUGGUACAGCUAAGGGGGGCUUAUUGAUACACACACACGCCGCCUAUACCAGUCAUGGGAUGUUGCUUGCAUAAACCGAACACCGCAGUUGAUGGCAGGGAUAUAGGAAUCCUAUUGCAGAGGCCUGCACAAAUUAGAAUGAACCCUGCGGAAGGCCUGUAUGCUACAACUUCUCCAGAGCAAGGUAUACAUGAGGCCACACUUGAGCCUCAGGCUGACCAAGGACAUCUUUCAGACCCGCCUGAUGGCUCGGGACCUACCACCAAAGACAAUCUAAAGGCCCUGCUGCUGAUAAACACAAAUUGUAGGCAGCUGACCUGACGCUCCUCAAUACCAGUAUCCAAGCCAUCGCGGAAUGAGUGAGGGUGUCGGAAUCUGACCUUGUUAGUCUGCGGUCCAAUCUCUCUGCCUCUGGCUACUCAAUCGCACAACUUCAGUGUCACCAGACAGCCACACCGAAUGGGCGCACUGGAGGACAGGCAGCGCUGCAAUCACAUAAAUGUUUGUGGAAUCCCCACCACAGUCACGGCCAAAGAGCUCCUGAAUUACACUCAGAGGCUACUGGUAACAAUACUACCUCCCUCAGCAGCCAAACAAGUGACCACCGAUGGUGUUUACCGAACACCAGGAUCCUCUAAAUCGUCUAACCAGACUAGGAAUGUUGUUAUCCGCUGCAUGUCUUCACAGGACAAAAACAAUUAUGCUGGCCUUGAAAGGCAAAGCACCUCUGUCUUUGCAUCUGUCAUUCUAUCAAGACCUCACAAAGUUCACUCUUCUCUGGCUCAAAUCCCUUGGGCCCUUCACAUCCCAGAUGAGAGCUGCAGUACUCACAUACCAGUGGGGAGCACUGAUUGGAACCCACCACGGAGUAACCCACUCGGCAACAGUGCGACUAGUGGAACGCAACGAAGAACAAAUCAAGGAGAACGAAGAAACACCCCCUACAAGCACCUGGGAUCCCGCCAACAUUGUUCCGUUUACUCUGAGAGCCGGAGGCUCGUGGGACCCAAACACCUGACUGUCAUGGGAGUCAAUCCUCAGUCAGCCUGAACUCAGUUGUUCAUAUGCAUAUGGCAGCCAUGACGCUCUUAAAUGUAAUGCAAUUGUGUUCUUUUAAUAUUUGUUUUAUGCUUUCCUUUAAUCUGUUAACCAUAAAACUGUAUGUGCUGUACACUAAAGGGUUAUGAGUACGUUCGCCCAGCCCAGAGCUGAUAGAUAUUUGGUGUCUACUCCUUUCCUUCCCCCCGCAACCCUUUUGGUUAGGGUUCUCCAUGUAUGAGGUACUACUUCCUACCCAAAUCUCCACUGCUCACACAGUGUUUGUGGCGAACUUGCCCUCUGGAGGAGCCUGCUUGCUAGCCUCCUACCUCAGGACUAUGGGCCAUGCUAAAAGGCUAUUGAAAGAUUGCAGAUAACCUCUGAGCUUAUUGACCCUUGUUAACCAUUCCUGACCGAUCUAUCAGUGUGGGUUUUAAUUGUGCGGCUGGGUGGCUGCCGUUCGUAUGCACGAACAUGUUGGAACUGUGUGGCGGCCAUCUUGUUUGCGUGAAUGCAGGCAGCUGUGUUUGGGCAUCGAUCGCAUGGAACUAAAAUUGGACACUGAAACUCCCGAACACCACUGAACUUGGACAAAUGCCUGCUCCUUCCACACACACACACACGUCAGGAGAGCGCCAUUCGGUAGCUUUGUUUGUAUGAACCAAUCAGCCAGAGUGUGCGUUAAGUAUUUAGUUCACAUGGAACUCCAGAAGUUGACCCGCCAAAACCACAAAAUGCCCUGGAACUGUUUUGGGCAUAGGACCAUGUGUGCGGCCGGUCAGAACUUCCACACGGUGGCGUUUCAGCUCGUUUUUUGGAAUCUUAGUGCUUUUCGGAUAUGUAGGGCGCUCAGAUCCAGGCUAUCGAGGGAUGUAUAGACAGUGGGGGUUCCUAUGUGGGAAAUAUGCAUUUUUGUUUUUUCAUAUUUCUUGCAUGUAUUGCUGGGUCAUGAUGACUAUGCAUUUUGUGGUUACAUUGUGGGUGUGUUUUGGGGAGUGUCUACUGUACCAGAUUCUGUAUAAACGUGAGCCAUUUGGCUGGGAAUAAACAAUUCUUCUUCACCCUUCAAUAAGCCUCGGCUCGUGUUUGGGUGAUACUGUAGUUACUCCUUCAGCAAUAUUAUAAUGGCAGCUAUAAUCACUCUAGAGCUAUCACAACUAGGGAGGGUUGACCAUAGGCGGUAGAAACCCAUCUUCAGCAGGGUAUACCGCCACAGUAUUUAUAUCACUUUCCUAGAUACAGCAGUCUAUCAUGUCCCCAACCAACCUCUGUUACAUCCAAAGCCCGCUCACCGAGUUUCAGGACCUGUGCUAAUUUGUAAUCGAAUGUUUAAGAUCCCAACACUUUCCUAUACGAGUAAGCAAGCAUUCACAAUACUCCACUAGCUUUUCCUCAUGUAUUCUAUGAAUCUGAUUAAAGCACACAUGGUACACCUUUUACCCCAGGGGAACCCAGUUUGCAUUUUCCUGAUGUUUACAAAAAUGGUUCAUUGUAAUUGUCAUAUAUGAUGCACUUUAUUCUUCAACCUACUACAUGCCUGUCCAAUGCUUAGAAUUUUGUUACACUGCACUAACAAAAAUAAAGAAUUAAAAAAAUAUAAUACCUAGGAUUCCUGGCCAUUGCUCUGUUACCCAGGCAGUUGUAUUGCUCUUACCCGAUUUAGAUCUUGUCAUGAUACCUGUGGGUGCUCCUUCUCCCACGUCUCAUCUCACAGCACAAUGGCUACUCCUGUCAUUAUUUCUGAUGCCAGAUGCUUCCCUACCCUACAUGGCCUAUUGUGUCCUUUUGGAGAACAUUGCACUUGUACUUUGAUUUUGGCAGUUGUGAUGUUAACCAGAAACGGUGUGACCAUCCCGUUUUAAACCCUCGUCACAGACCGAACAAUACCUGUUGUGGUUUCAGUUUUGGUAUAAGUGUAAAUUCUUAGUAAUUAUUCCACAGAUAUCUGACCUGGCUAGUCCUGAAUUAUUCUGUUCUCCUUGAUUUGUUUACACGUUAAUGUGAUUCUCUUUAUCCCUUUGCCUUGUUAUGCUUUACCUGCUUGUCCUGUUCCUAUGGUGCUUAGCCUAUGUAGGCUCUGUGUUAAAGGACCACUAUAGUGCCAGGAAAACAUACUCGUUUUCCUGGCACUAUAGUGCCCUGAGGGUGCCCCCACCCUGAGGGUGCCCCCACCCUCAGGGUCCCCCUCCCGCCCGGCUCUGGAAGGGGGAAAGGGGUUUAAACUUACCUUUUUCCAGCACUGGGCGGAGAGCUCUCUGCCUCCUCUCCUCCUCCGUUACGCCCCGCCGGCUGAAUGCGCACGCGCGGCAAGAGCUGCGCGCGCAUUCAGCCGGUCUCAUAGGAAAGCAAUUUAUAAUGCUUUCCUAUGGACGCUUGCGUGCUCUCACUGUGAAAAUCACAGUGAGUAGCACGCAAGCGCCUCUAGUGGCUGUCAAUGAGACAGCCACUAGAGGGAAUAGGGGGAAGGCUUAACCCAUUAAUAAACAUAGCAGUUUCUCUGAAACUGCUAUGUUUAUUAAAAAAUGGGUUAACCCUAGCUGGACCAGGCACCCAGACCACUUCAUUAAGCUGAAGUGGUCUGGGUGCCUAGAGUGGUCCUUUAAGCCUUGGCACCUCCAAGGACUGUUAAUAUGCUGCUAUGCUUUCAGUUCUUGCCUUCAUCAGGCUUGACCUAAUUUCUGCAAGCUAUAGUCAUUUACUGCCCUGAGAGACCUCUUCUUAUUCACCAAUGUUCUGUGUGUUUGUCACAUCUGAUUCAUUCCUUGCUCUCCUUUUACUACAAUAGCUAAAUUUAGUCUUUUUUAAAUUCCAUGUUUAUUGAAGGGUUUAGAUUUAAGUACACAAAACGUAGAGGAAUUGUCCCUUCCGGAGAGUUCUCUGUGGUGAACCGAGUAGAAAAGGUUUAAAUUUUUUUUUACCAAAAUGUAAAACUUUCCUCCUCUGCAUAUCCCUAUUUAUUUUGGUGUUUUUUGUUUUUUUUAUAGGGGCUUUGUCAACAGCAAAGUACCUCUAGUAGCCAUCUAAGGAACAGCCAUUGGAGGUGUCCCUAGACUUUUCUCUGAAAAAACAAUGUUUACUGCAAAAAGCCUACAGGGACUGACGAUACUCACCAGCACAAAUACAAUAAGCUGUAGUUGUUCUGGUGACUAUAGUGUCCGUUUAAGGUACAUAGUUCCUUAUGCAGCAGUAAUUUAGGGUAAACAUUUAUUACACAUUUCUUUAAGUCUCUGGAUACAGAUGUUAGUAUCAGUGACAAUAUGUUUAAUCCUAAAAAUAUGACUACAUGGAAGGGCAAAUAGUAACUUGGUAGGAUGUGCACUUACAACGCAGAAAGGUAUCAGUCUGUUUAACAAAAAGAUCUGUCACUAAGGCCGAACCCUUCUUGAACACCGUGGUAUUCAGAAAGUUGAUGCUCAGUUGGUUAUUACCAUAGUGAAUUGGAUGUCUUUGGGGAAUGAAUGAAGUUCCUGGUGGAACCUUAGUAAGGACUCGAACGUGUCAUCCCAUAUUGUCAUGAUAUUAACGAUUUAUAAUGAUACCAAUAGCGUACUGUGCUGUUACUGAUGGGAGUGUGUUUGCUGAGAGAGCCGGCCUGCAUUUUGGAUCUGUUCUGCCCUUAUGGGUGGAAUCAGGCUGAUAUGCAAAUGGCCUGGUUCUUUUUGUAGUGGCAUAACCUGAGCUAAACCCAGCUUGAGAACUGAGUGGGGAUCCCCCUAAGGGCAGGCUAAUUGAGCCGUUGUCUGUCCUCCGUGCACUCUUGCGACUUGUUUUUUUUUUUUGCUCUCCAUAAGUUUUUUUUUUUUUUUUUUUUUUAUUCUUUAUUUUUCAUGCCAAAGAAAUACAACAUUGGUAUCCGUUAUGUCAAUAAUGCAGGUAGUAGUUUUGUGUUUUUAGAUUGUCAUGUGACAUGAGGGAUUGGCAUAUAAUUUUUACAUUAAACAAGGUUGAACAACGUAUAUCAGGAAGAGGUUUAGUCAAGACCUGCAAGGUGUUUACUAGGAGCGGUACGCUGUGGAGUGUUACAGGAGGGUUGGUAUAUAUUCGAGAGGUAAGGCUCAGUGUUAGUAAGAAGGUGUUGUGUUUGGAGGGUGAAACUCACUGGUGGAGAUGGUUGUUAAGUGCCAGGUAUACUGGUUGGUUACUGACCAGGGAGUUUGCUUGUUGUAGGCUUAUCACUGAGGGGUAGUGGGGCCAAGUGUUUAGGGGGCAUAGUAGGCCCUGUUAAUCUAGGGGGUGAGUUCCCUGAUGGAGCUGUGUGUUCCGACUUGUGUAACACUUGGUUCAUUUGGUACCCCUAACCUAAGGGGGAUAGCGGGGGGGAGAGGUGUCUCGCCUGUUAGUGUUGCUGCUAAGGGUAGAGGAGCUUGCGUAGUGGGCUCCUGGUCUGGUUUGGAGGUGUUAGCAGAGUUAGAAAUAAGACAUUAACAACAUAAGUAACAGUAACUGGGGCAAUAGCUGCCACGGUGGGCUUCAGGUGUCUCUCAGUCAGGAUCAAUAUGACCUUCCCGAUUGUCCAGUGUUGUUGGGUUGUGGAUUGAUUUUCGCUCUUGGGGUGAAUGGCAUGGUCGUGGCAGGAUCCCCGUGGAGGUGGGCCUCGGUGGGGCGGAUGAAGGUGUUGGUAGUCCCAGGGCUGUGAGAAAUGUUGGUGCCUCGGAGAGAGAGGUGAGGGUGUGAGUUUGUCCUUGGUGGAUCACCAUGAGGGAUCCCGGUGCUCCCCAGCGGUACUUUACGCCAGCUGCUCUCAGUUGUGUGGUGAGUGGCGCCAGUGUUUUGCGCCAUUGCAGGGUUGAUCGUGUCAGAUCUUGGUAAAAGGUCAAUUGUGAUCCUUCGAAUAGCAGUGGCGUUUUGCCCUUCAGUGCUGCCAUGAUGCGUCCCCUAUCCUGGGAUGUAGUGCAGCGCAGUAUGACGUCUCUGUCUGUAUUUUGUGAGACCCUGGACGGGGCUGAGAUUCUGUACACUCCAUCCAUUGCUAAUUUCUUUGCAACGGCCUGGGGUAGGAUGCUUGCCAACAACCGUCUCACAUAAUGAGGCAGUUCGUCGGGUGAGAUAGUGGCCGGGAUGCCACGUUGUUGUGUCUGUAUUUGUCCUCUAGGGAGGUGAGCUGCAGGGAUAGUGCUUGGUGUGACUUGGUAAGCUGUUGUACCUCUGUAUGUACCUGGGAGAGGUCAGCAUGGAUGUCCACUAUGUCCUCUUCAGUGGCCCUCACUCAGUCAGCUGUGUUUUGCAUGUCUGCUCUCAGUACUGCGAGUUCGGCUGUUAGUACCUUGUGAAAAUCUUGUAGUAGGAUUUUCAGGUCGUGUUUAGUUAUGGGACUGGAGUCCACUGUGGCUUCUGUAGGUAUUUGAGGUGUGGGGAGUGUUUUACCCCUCUCCUGUGAGUCCCGUUGUUCGAGUGUGGCGGCAGGGGUGCUCUCCGUGGGCGCCAUCUUUGGCAGCACUUGUUUCUGGAUUAGGGCUCCUAUGUCUUGGUGAGCGGGCUGAGGGUGUUGUUUUUGUGAUCACCGUCCCGUGGCGGGCAUCUGGGCCACCGGUUCGGGUUCUGGUGGUGAACCGGGCAGGUAGGCUGUUUCCCAGUGGUCGUAUACUCUGCCGAGAAGGUUCCCCCAGUCCGGGGUCUCUUGUGUGGUGUAGGCUCCGGGCCUGCGUCUCCGCCUGGGCGCGUUUUUGGGGAGGAAGAAGGGCAUCAAUCUGUGCGGGUGUACCUCCUAUGUCUUUCGCCGGUUGUUAGUUUGACCGAUGGUGUGUGUGGGCUUAGAUUCAGGCGAGAUUUAAUUUAGUCAGCCGGAGCUGUCUGACUUUGCGUCUGUGCAGCACCGCUGCUAGCUCCGCCCCCCUCUCUCCAUAAGUUUAAAGGGUUAUCCAGAUGUGGACACCUUGUUCACAGUGCCUAGAGGGAUAUUGACUAUACCUAUCUGACGAUGCCUAACAAGGUUAAAAACUACCGUCUGGGAUUGCUGUAUCUCUCGUGCAGAGAGAGACGGAAUGCAUUUUGGAUCUGUUCUGCCCUAAUGAGUGGGAUCAGUCUGAUAUGCAAAUGACCCUGGUUCUUUUUGUAAUGGUACAACCUGAGCUAAAACAGGCUUGAGAAGUGAGCAGGGAUCCACCGAAGGGCAGGCUAAUUGAGCUGUUAUCCGUUCACAGCAACUUUUUUUUUUUUUUUUGUACUGACAGAAACAACACUCCCAUCACUCUUUCAGCCAGUACAAUACAGUAGAUCAGGGGAAGGCAACCUUCUGCACUCCAGGUGUUGUGGACUACAUCUCCCAUGAUGCUUUGCCAGCAUUAUGGCUCUAUUAAAAUUCUGGGAGAUGUAGUCCACAACAUCUGGAGUGCUAUCUCUGCAGUAGAUUAUUCACGGUCUUAUCUCCCUGCCUUCAGCUGAGCUCCCUACGCGGAUACUCCCAGGCAGGGGUGACAUGAGGCUCCCACAUGGCACUUCAUUGGCUGGAGUAUCCGGAUGUGAAAGACGGCGUUUGACUAUUAGAGCUAAGUUAUCAGUAAAUUACAAGGCUAAUACUGAUUAUCAGAAAUAUGCUGAAUAUUGGUUCUAAUAAUCGGCAGAAUCAAAAUUUGGGCUAUCUGUACUUGGGAACUAACAUAAAUUUGGAAAAGGGUAUCAGGGUUCCUUUUGUGAAAGGACAUUAUAUAGUACAAUAAAAUAUCCCAUCAAAAAAAAAUGGGGUACACAAGUGGGCAGUAGAAAAAGGAAGCACCAAAAGUGCAGCAAGUGAAUGAUCCAAUAGCCUAAGAUUUGGUGCUUAUAAGUCCUUGUGUAAUAACACUGUUCGUAACUCCACAUACAUAUAUGAAAAUUAAGAUCUUGAGGCCAAUUCUUUACGUAUGUGCCCAGUUAUGUCAGAAAUGUGUAAUAUAGGCUGGCAAGCAGAAUGUUUGUUAAACAGCAGCCCCAGUCUACCUUGAAGCGAUUUAUGUACAUCUCCCCAAAUUUGCUCUUUGAUGCUAAACCACAAAGAGUGAUAGUACCUACAGCAGUUAAUUGCUCCUUGAUUUAUAACUCCAGUUUCUUUUUAUCAUGAGUCAUCAUAUGUUUGGAGUUAAUUAGCUUAUAAUUAUAUCUAUUCCUCAGUAUUGGCUUGCGUAAACAAGAGGUGAUGGGAUGAUACAUCAGUCAUUCUGUAAGCGUGCCAAGAUUGUAGAGGUUUUUUGGGUUUUUUUAUAAGUCAGAAUUGGUAGGUAUACUUAUAGGGACACCCCAGGCACCAAAACCACUUUGUCAGGAACAUUAUGGCUGUCGUGAACAUGGACCAGCAUAGCAUAAUGAGCAGCUUUUAUAAUAAGUGAAAUGGUAUGGUAGGCUUAGAUUCCCCAACGUAUAUUUUUAAUUUAUUUUAUUUCUUACAGGCAAUCUAAGAUGCCCUGUAUAAAGUGCUGCCAGUGGUACAAGUUUGCAAUAAUCGGGGGGGGGAGGAGCGCAUGUAAGAUGUUGGUGUUUAUUUGGGGUCAGUGUAUUCCCUGUUAUCAGGUUGAAGUAAUUAACGAAGGCUUAAUGCUCUAUUAUUCCAAUAUAUCUCCACCGUCCGUGCCUGGCAACUAGGUUUUCUACAUAGCAUUUUAAUAUGUUCUGGCAAAUAGGACUGACUUCUGAAUUGUUUCCUCUGGGGCCCUUCGUCAGACUAGGAAUUCAGUACAGAUUUUCUUUACUUGUUUUCUUUCUGGUCAUGCUUGAAGAAAAGUAAAAGUUGAGAAACUUCCCAAUGUUCGUCCAGGAGGAACUUCACUUUUUUCACCCCUAAGAAGCAUCAAAAUUACAAUCCAUUUUAUCCAGGAACAAACUGAAAUCCAAACUUUACACUAGCUGAUAAUAUCUAGAAAUGGCAGGUAGGGGACCCAGAGGACUGCAGAAUUGGAUCAUUUUCUAAUAUUAAAUACCUGCAUAGUCCACCACAAUGUUUGAUUUUUAUUCUGUCUAAUUACAUUUGACUGCAAAGUUGCGAUAUAGUGAUGUCCCAAACUGUUCGCCGCGAACUCCGGUCAGCAGACACAUUCCAGCCAAUCAGCAGCAGACCCUCCUGGACAGCUCACUAAGAAUGCAGCUUCAAAAUGGAUGCUGUCCAGGAGUUGGGAGGGUCUGCUGCUGAUUGGCUGGAAUGUGUCUGCUGACCGGAGUCCGUGGCGAACAGUUCGGGACAUCGCUAUUGUGAUAGUAAACCAUUGGCUUUCAUUUUCCACAUUUUCUCAGUACAUGCGCUUGCUGAUCCUGAAAUGUACAGCAGUAAGAACAGAGUUUGUAAUUGGGUCCCAAUGGGCUUGUGUUUACUUCUGUUCACAUCACAACGGUGCUCUCGUGUACUGCUGUUUGUUUGAAGACAAAAUACACAUUUAAUACGUUACCGUAUGAAGAAUGGCUUCAUAGUCUAAAAAUGCAAUUCCAUAGAAGAACUUUAGUGUUUUUUUAUUUAUUUAUUUAUUAAAUAAUUUUGGGGUGAGCUAUUGAUAAACUUCUUUCAGUUUUAGUUUCCAUUUUAUGUGUGUGUCUGGGGUGUUCUUUUAAGCACAAAAGCAAAGUGCUGAUGUGUUUAGAGUUUGUAUUUUAAAAAAUAUUUUUUUUUUGACAGUUUCUAAAACAGCUGAUUUCAAUAGCAAUUGGCAUGUUUUUGACUGGGGCCAGAAACCCCUCCCUGGUUUCCACUCCGAUUGCCAGGGAGGUUUUCGUCUGCUUCUGUUGGCUCAAUAGAUCUAUGGAAGUGUCAGCUCCCCGUGACAUUGAUUUGUACUACUGUGCUUGCUUUUGGCUCCAACACAGAGGCUUAUCAAUAAGAAUCCAUGGAUUGGUGUAUUCCCUGCACAGAUUGACAGUCUGUCUCAUUGAAAGAGGGGAUGGCUUGAAAGGCUGCAGAUAGGAGUUUUGUAAACUGUUCAUAUACUACCAAAGAGAACAUGCAGGAAAAAUACAUACAUGUUUUCUUUGGGGUAUAGCUACUAAAUAGUUUUAUAAAUGCAAUGGAGUGUUCCUUAAGUGAACUUCAUUAAUGAAACAAUUGACAAAAGAUUAGCGCAAACUGCUUGUGACAGAAGCAGAAAAGCAAAUUAUUUUUAUUAAAGUAUUUGUGGCACAGAUCAAAUAGAGGCUACGCUGAGACCACAUUAGUUUUCCCUUAUAUGUGGUCCAGUUUUUUGUAUUUUUUUUUCUUCAUUCAUUUAAAAGAAAACAAAUGGAGGUGCUAAUCUUAUACAUUGACACAUCAGAAGGGCCUUGCUUCUGAUUUAGCUUAUUCAUGGAUCAAAAUAAUGAGCAGAAUGAGAAGCGAUACUCACUCUGUAAGUCUGUGCCAACAUCAGGUGUCAAGCCAAUAUCGCCUGUUACGGAGGAAGCAGCAAUAAUCUAUUUCAGAUCAUUUCCCGAGUACGUGCUCUGCCUUCUGAGGGGCUAAGCGGUCUUUUUCACACCAACAGAGGAUAUCGGCAAGACAACUGGAGUCCAGAUGGUAAUGCCUUUUCCUGCUAGCAGCCAUUCAUCCAGUCUCAGACUGAAAGUAAUUCACAGUUGUCUCCCUUUGUACACCUGUGAGCACAUCUAGCACACAAGGGUUGGAGAGGUAUAAGACCCGCAUUACAUAGUAAACACAUCCAUCCCAACAACAUUCUUUCUUGUUCAUACUGUGUACAAAACAAUAUUUAACUUAUCUCCCAGCAUGCAAAGGAUUAAAGUCUGGUGUGAACUACAUUUGCUUGGUUCUUGUUAACCCAUUAAACACUAAGGCAAUUCUGAGAUGUGAUGUUUCUGUGACUGAGGCCUUUUUGAUUUGUGUUCAUUUAAUUUAACACUUUCUGUUUAAUUGUACCCAUACAUAUUAUAGAACAUUUUUUAAAGGAUAGAUGAGUCUUUCUUCUGCUGUCUUUAUAGUUUUGCUUAUAAUUUCUGGACAGUAUUUGCAAUUAAAAAACAACACAAACCCUGAUUCAUUUAUUAGUUCUAUUUAUUGAAAUUAUGCUAAAAUGUAGCAAAAUUUGUUAUGCUAAAAAUACAAAUGUAAUGGUUGUCACAGAGUCCAAAACUGUUACACAAACGUAUAUAUUUGUAACAAGUAGACCCCCAAACUUUUUGGCACUUUUCAGUUAACCAUUUUAUUACAAAUGUUUCCAAAUCUGCAAAAAAUGUUUUUUGCGUUUCACAUGUUUACAUUUCAUGGCAAAUUUCACAGACCGCGUGUAUCCCACUACUGUACAUUUGUGUUUUGCUCCUGCGUAUGUAUACAUUUGCUGGUCGCUUGAGGGACUUGUUGGGUCAAAUAAUAGAAACAGCCUAAUCCCCCAGGUUUCAAGAGAAUCUUCACGGCUGGACAGUCAUGUAGCCACCUAACCGUGAGUGGAGUGGUGGACGGGAGAGAGGGAUACUAUUUUAUUUAAGAAAAAGUACACUCAGCAAAACGGAGGGAGGUGCUAAAUAAAACAAACAACCCACUAGGAACACAUUGAGUGAAGAUGAUUUUUAUAUAUUUUUUUCUGUAGCUUGGGAAUGAAUGCUAUCUGUAGCUGAAGUGUGGAGAAUGUGAACAUAUUACAGAAUGUCUAUUAUAAGCUUAAUACUAUGUUUAUUUCAUAUAUUUGUGCAGCCACAGUAAUCAAGAUUGACUUCAACCCCUUCCUUCCACCUCAUUAAUAUGACAAAUGGAAAUUGUGAACAGGAAUCAGUGAAAUAAAAUCACUCUUUAUGAAGAAGAGAGAAGAACCGAUUGUUCUCCUCCUGUGUGACCAAUCUUAGAACAUGCCAGUUUCGUAAUUUCAUCUCAUUAAAGUGGUUAUAGUGCCUGGAAUCCCUUGGUUCUGUCCCGCUGUUCAGCGAUAAACCGUUCGUUAAUGGCUUAACGCUAAAUGGGAGUCUACCAAAAGUAACCGUGUGCUGGUCGGGCUAAUGAAUUGGCCCGAGCUGCAGUGGCUGUGGUGAUUGGAUGAGUGUCAACUGACAAUUUACAACCAAAAAAAAAAGCACAUUGCUGGUGUGAAUUGGUAUUACUAUGGAAGAGUUUUGUCUCUGCAUUAGCCAUCGUUCCAGUGGUGCCUGUGAUGUGAGCAGCCAGUGACCCUUAUUUAGUGGUAAACUGUUUAAAAAUGGUUGGACAGCCGCAGGGGACUCCAGGCAUUAUAACCAACCCGGAGUUUUUGUUUUGUUUGACAGUGCAGUAAUAUUUGAAAAAUGGACCAGCCAUUUAAAUAGCAUCCAUGUUAUUAUUUAUAUAGCAACAUGUAGCUAUAUACUAAAAGACAGUCUCUGUUAUAAAAAAAUACAAAGAAUAAAGUACCAAGCAAAGAAGUACACAUCUUGCAUAUCUGGUAGUAGAAUUGCUGUUUUGAAAGAAUAAACAAAGGCUUAUGCUGGGAAAACGUCACACAUGCUUGGCAGAACAUACACUUCAUUUUCAAGCAAACCGUAAAUUACUGCUCCUUUUGGCAGAUUGAGUUCCAAUUAGGGUCUGGAGCAUCGUGAACUCGUUAGGUUUAAUUGGAGUGUAAUUCUGAACAUAAAUAAUUCAGGGAACUCCUGUGAACUGUUCUGUAAGAUCCCAAGAAGCCAUUUCAAGUAUACGUUCUUAGUAGAUAUAAUUACAAAUGUAUUGGGACUAACAAAUGAGAUUUUUUUUUGUAUUUUUAUUAAUAUCAGAUUCAACCAUUGAAAGAAGAAAAAAAAAUUUUAAGGGGGGGGAGGGUUUGUUACUCACAUGUACAUGAAAGAGACUUGGAAAGAUUCAAACGUGGAACACUGCUUAUUACUAAUCACAAUAUAAUGCUAUUUUAUAUAAAAUGGAGUUUGAAGUGGCCUAGCCAUAAUGCGGCUGUUGAAUCGUGGGAGUUCAUAGCUGGAGAGCUAUUGAUUUCCUGCUUAGAGUGUAAAUGGUGUACAUUUUGCUAUUUUACUUAUCGUUUGCAUGCUUUUAAAGCUUUGGUUAUUUGUUUGUGUGCUAGGAUAAUUGAAAAUAUUAUUAUUUACAUAGCACCAACAUAUUCUGCAGUGUCAUAUAGUCAAAGAAUGGGAAUAAUUGACAUUCAAAAUAUUAAGAGACGAGAUGAAGAAAGCACUGUUCAAAUUAGCUAAUCUAUAAACAAAAAAACAAAAAAAGGGAAUUGGUUCUAACAAUAUAUAUCUUUGUUUUAGAUCUAAUAAACUCCAUCAACAAAAACAGCCAGCAUAGCACUCCGUCUGACAGCACAGAACCUACAAAUCCUCGACUACGGAAGAACACAAGCGACUCUGCCCCUUCUGCUAAUGGAGAUGUUGGCGGAGAAACAAACAAGAGUUACACACCAGACCAGGUCGACGCAGUGAAAAGGUGUGUUGUAAACCGGUCUUAUUAAGAAUGUUGGGGUAGUAAGAUUCAUUGUAUUUCAACCUGCAGUUUUCGGAACACUCCCAAUAUUAUUUAAUCAGCACUGUCACUUUGGAAUGUUUUAUGUGAAGCUCCCCAUUGUAGGCAUUGCCAUUUUUACCAUAGUCUGUGUUCCACUUUGGAGCUUUACCUGGCAUUAACCAGUUUACAGGUGUGAGCGUACAAAAAGGACGGCUACGGAAGCUCCAACUUCGGCAUUGUCCACUGAGCGUGCAUUGCAAUUUUAUAAUUAACCUUAGUGCUUAAAACAGAUAUAUAUUUUAUUUAAUAUAGAGGAACAAAACUGGAAUAUGUAAUACAAUAAGGACAAUCCAUAAAUCCUAUUAUUUAAACAAUAGAACAACAUUUGUCCAAUUAAAAAAUGUUCCUCGUGGAAUACCUACUGGAGGAAGGAUUACCAGAUUGAGAUAUCCUGGAUUCCCACAGCAUAGAAGGAGAGCUGCUUUCAAUUGAUAGGUGCUUACAGCUAUUCUACACAGUCAUUUAUUUUCAAUUUGUGUUAAUUCUUCAUGUGGCAAAAUUAUACACCGAUGGGUCUACUAGCCUAAUCUACCUGUCCAUCCUGACACACAAAUUAAUUUUAGAUUUAGACCCUAGAGCCCUGGACAUUAACAGAGUUAUGAAAUAACCUCAGAAAUUUUGUGCAAUAACCGGAAUAGAAAAACUGAGGCAAAGUUGAUCUGGCAACAUUUUAGGUGGAUUUUUAUUUUUUUUUCUUCCCAGUAGUGUGUGUAAUGUGUAUUGGUGUAUGCUGGCUAUAUGUAACGUGUUUGUGUCUUUGGUCUCUGUUUUUGAUUAAACACCCUGGUGGUCAAGUGGGAUCUGCAAUCAUGGCAUACUGGAUGCUGUUCUCAGACUCCUUCGUAAACGCCAGACUACGAGGGAUCGAUUACAAUGGUCUGCAAUAGGGGUCUGCAAGAGGCGCCUUUAGGGCUGACUGCCGAUAACUAUUUCCGAUAUUCUGUACAUUUUAAAGUUUUGAAAAGUAACACAAUUUCUACACAAAACUGGCAUUAACUGAACAUGCUGACUGCAAUCGCACUCCUCUCGCUGUCAGCCAGUCCAUACAUUACAUUAGUUUAUACACGGUCUCCCCUCCCUGGCUUUAGCUGAACUCUGCAUGCAGGGACUCACAGAAAGGGGUAAUGGGAGGUCACAACGUGGAGCUUUACUGACUGGCAGUCAUUCAGGAUGCAGGAGACAGCAUGUGGUGACUGGAAGAGUGAGUAAGUUAUCAGUAAAUUACAAUGCCGAUACCGAUGAUCAGUAAAUUGCUGAAUAUCUGCUCUAAUAAUUGGCAGAACCAAUACUCUGUCUGUUCCUAGUCUGCACCCAGUAGAGGUGCAAAACACAAUCUGCCCCAACCCUGCUCCUUUGUUGCAGAGCUAAAGACAAAAUAAAAUGCCUGCCUGGUACCCUGAAUUACAAUUCCUGAGCUUUUGGGGAAAAAUAAUUUCCUAACCUAUGAUAAAUUACAGUAAACUUUUUAUGGCCACAUCCAAAUGCAUUUUUUUUUUCAUUUUAUUUUUUUGUUUGUUUUUUUGUUUGAAUUUACUUCCCUUCUAUAUUUAAACAGUUCUCUACCCCCUUCUCUUCUGAAGCUCCAUAGUGACCUAUGCUAUAAUGAUGUUGCAUGCACCUGGAAGGUAGAAAUAGGUGUAAUUUUGUUAAUGUGCCACUUGAAGGCGCUGUGCUUCCUUUAUAUAGAAUAAGUGCUGUUCUUUACUUUUAAGUAAGAUGAUUCAUUCGGCUGGUGUGAUUAAAACCUUGAAGAUGCACAAGUGCAAACUGAGUCUACUUAGCCAUGCCUACUUCCAGGGUUACUGAAAUGAGUAAAUGAAAAGGGUGCUUUUAGCAUGGCAAAUACUAUUACUAUUAUUCAAUAGAUUUAUUAUUUUUACACUUACUCAAGAGCAUUUGCAUUUAAGCAUGUUUGUUUUCUUUCAAAUUUAUAUUUUAAUUAUUUAAAAGGGGAAUGGAUAAGGAACGUUGGGGUGAACCACUGCAAUGUACAGAGUAAAGUCUCCUUUAUUACAAAGCUAAUGAGUGUUUAUUUAAAAAUAGAUUAUCUGAAGUGUCAACCUUCACCAAGAUGGCUGCUAUGUUGGUUAUGUGCAUUAUUCACAAAUUAGCUUGUGUAUUUGCCCAACAUGUGACAUCACCAACAUAUUACUGCACAGUUGUGCUUCAUGCUGCUAACAUGUGAGAAUAGCUGGCAAGGGAUUUGCUACAGAUAGCUAUGGGUGAGAUAAAUGUAAUUUUAACAUUUCCUAAAUAAAAUGUUUAGGGCAUAUAUAUUGUCAUAUAAGCAGUAUAUCCGAUAUGUCUUUUUAAAAAAAUAUUUUUUUUUAUAAUUUGUAAUCUAAUCCAUUGUUUAGGGAACAUUGUAUCUAAAUAGUUUUGUUUUUACAGAUUUGGGAUAGGUGAGUGUUUGGUGCAAUACACUCCAUUGUAUCAUUGUUCCUUUUUGUGCAAUAAUUUUUUUCUUGUAUACAAUUCAGUCCUAUUUGUUUAGCGGUUUGCUUGUCUGGUUUGUUUUUGUGAAGAACAAUUUAAAUUUGUGUGCUUAGUGAACACUAACUUGAGCUGUAAUUUUUUUUUCCUCUACAGAAUAAAACAGUGUAAAGACUACUAUGAGAUUUUGGGAGUAACUAGAGAAGCCACAGAAGACGAUCUGAAGAAAGCUUACCGAAAGCUAGCAUUGAAAUUUCACCCUGACAAGAAUCAUGCUCCUGGUGCCACGGAAGCUUUCAAAGGUACGAUUUGGACUAACAUCACAAUGCAUAUAGCUCAAAUGUAGUGGCUGCUCUGUGAGCGAUCAUUUGUAAUUAAAGGGACAUGCAUCACUUGAAAAUUAUUACAAAGGACUGAAUUAGCUAGUUCACAACCUGGCUGCUGACAAACGCCAGGGAGCUAUACCCUUACCAUCAGGGUUAUGAAAUGAGAACUUAAUGUGAGUUUCAAAUCCAAUGUGGAAGUAUCGCUGACUUAGAAAAUGUUUGUGCUUUGAUUAUUUUGGUCCUAGAUGUGAAAUUCACUUUGAAUUCUCACUUUAGUGCAGGCUUCCCCAAACUCUGGCCCUCCAGAUGUUGCUGAACUACAACUCACAUGAUUCUAUGAUUGAAAUGGGCUGAGAAUCAUGGGAGUUGUAGUUCAGCAACAUCUGGAGGGCCGGAGUUUAGGGAAGCCUGCUUUAGUGAAUAACACUGUAUCAGAGUGGCCCCGAACCGAAUGAGCCUAAACCAUCGGGCUGCAUAAUUCAGACAUUGUUGAUGGAAUUUAUCAAUGUCAGGGUUUUGUAAUUAUUUACAUUGAUUAUUUUUACACUUCAUGAUGAGCAUGAAUUAGGUCCGGAUUUCAGCCUAACUAGACCGUAUGAAUCGAAUACAAGCCCAGAGGCUUCAACUCUGGGCCUAGCUUAUCUGAACAAUUUGCCCACAAGCAGCCAGUGGGCAAAUAGUUAAAAACCCUCAGCAGCAUGAGGUUUAAUUAUGUGGCAGCUGGCCAGCACUUGCUACCCAGCCACUUCCUAAUGGUGAUCAAUAAGAUUCCUUAUUACUAUAAUGGACCUCCAUAUGCCCUGCCUGCCAUUUUACAUGUGGGGACAUGUCUGCUAAACAUUAAAAACUAGUGACUGGGCAUGCUGGAGAGUUGCAUCCCUAAUAGUUAUAAAAUAGAGGCGGGCCUAUUGCCUCUUCCCUUGGCCUCCAUCAAUUCCAGCAGACGAGGGCCCUAAUUAAUUAUAAAAUAGGUUGUGUAACCUCCUCCCUAAAUAGGGCGGUCAGGGGUCCUCAAUCACUUAGCCCUCCUCCACCCCCCAACAUAAAGUCUAUAGGGGGGGCCAAAAAGAAUAAUUUAACUUUUCUGACAGCCCCCCUCCAUUCCGGCCUGCCCCAUUUCUCCUACACCAUACCUUCUCACCGACCACCAAAUAUAAGAAAUCUCUGGCGAUUUGGAUCUUAAAUAUGGCAAAACAGGACCUCAUACCACCCCUCACGGUCUGGUUUGAUAAAAUGGAAGACUUAAGACGACUGGAGGAAUUGAUUUACACAGCAAAGGACCGCUUCCAAUUAUACGUAGUCAUUUGGACGCAUUGGCUGACGACUGCUUACAACACUGAGGAGUAAGGGGGCGUGGUGGGGGGGGUUACCGCAGUGUGGGGUCCUGGGUCCACCGGCUGGGAACGUAGGGGUUGUCUUAACAGAACUAGCGGUACGAUGCUCUUCCCUGCCUCUGACUUCUCGCCCCUCAGAUUGAGACACCUCCCUUGAGAAGGGUUUGUUGCCGACCACGGUCCGAUCCCUGAACCCCUCUAAGGCGGGUCCAAGGAGGGUAUAACUACAUAUUCCUUACAAGAUCAGGAUGGCCUGUCGAGGGGAUGGAGGGAGGGUGUUGCGCUUAAACUGUUUAAGCUUCUCUAACCAGCACAACUUAGUGCCUGAAACAUGGAUGGAUGGAAUUGGUGUAUUGUACAAUGUUACAUUAUACUAGACAUGCUUAAACAGAUCGCUAAGGCCAUCGCGUCCUUGCAAGUUGGUUAUGUUGGUCCUACACAACCUAUGAAUAAUUGCUGAUUUGGACCUGCGUGUCCACGAGUGUUACAUUGGAUGCUUGCCUUUACGAUAAAUUUUAAAAAUCCUAUUCGAAAAAACACCAUUAUACUUACCAUAAGAAGUUGUCUUUCUUGUAAAUCUGUUCUUCAAGCGUGGGAACAUAUCCCACGCUUUGCAAUAUGACCUCUCUGAUUGAUAGGCUAUAAAACCAGUAAAUCAGAGUGCUAUGACCGCUAACUCUCGCCGGAAAUGUAGUAUUGGGGAUGUUUUAUUUUUAAGAAGAGUUAAACCUACAACUAGGUUUUAAGUACUUAAAUUUGGUCAUCCGGAAAGGGUUUGUAUAGGUUUUAGAUGCAGAGUUACAUUUAUUGUUAGGUGUUUAGGACAUGUGAAGUUAGGAGGGGUGAGUAUUUUGCAAAACAAAACCUUCAAUGUCUUACGAGUGAUUGUUGAGCUGCUGUAGCUGUUAUACAGUUGCAUCACUCUUUGCUGUCCCAGCUCCUUCCUGCAAGGCAUUUCCUGUGUGAGAGGCUAAUGAGAAAAUGUUCCCAUCUUUUUUGAAAACUGCAAUGUUUACAUCUAAUGGAUGUGCGCAAAGCUCACGUGAUGUAGAAGGAUCCAUAGAAAAAGCAUUGAUUCAGUGCUUUCCCAAGGGGAGGUUUGAAUGUGUGCACAGCCCAUGCCGUGCAUGCGCAUUAGAUCCCUAAUAUUUCUCUGAGGAGAUGAGCAUUUGAUUGGACCAUUGCAGAUCAGGCCAUGCCUUUUCCAUGAUGUCGCAGGGGACGGAGAGUUAAGAAGAGCUGAGGGGGCCCUGGAAAAAGAGGCGUAAAAAAUGUUUUUUUGUUUUUUUUUACUUCAAUGCAAAGAGUGGAUAGAGAUGCUAGUGUUAGGAUUACAGGUUUGUGUUCUUACCGCUAUGGUGUUCCUUUAAGUUUAGUGGAAGCUGUUUGGCCUACCUCUUCUAUGUUACACUUUAACAUUGCAUUGACCAGAGCAGGAUUGUACCCAUUAAAUCUAUAGCUACUGCCGAGCUUGCAGCUGUCAGUAUGUGCGCAUCAAAUUGUACAACGCAAGUAGAUUUUCUUUUUGGAGGGUUAGGGAUCUAGCACCGCAAUUCCAAGAGAAGUUAAUUACUUGGAUAGAUGAAUCACCACAUCAUCUGGUGUUCUCAGCUGCCCACACUCUGUCCAACAGAAAGCAUUGAGCUGUGUAUGACGUUAAGUACCAUCCAAUAAUUUUAAAGUUGAAAAGUGGGCAUUGGGCAUCUUUUACAGAAGGCUGGUGCCAUGCAUGAAUAGCACUUGGUUGAAUGUGAGUUAUUCUAAUUUUGAGGAAUGAAAAUUUGUUUUUAGAAAGAAUAUCAGAGUAAACUGAUGGGGCUACACCCUAUAAUACUAUUUUCUGUCCACGUUCCAUAGGAGAGAUUUGGAAUGUAAAAACUUAUUGACCAUAGAAGCCAGGGACCACAUCCUAAUACCUCACAAUUAGAUUAAUAAUAAACUCAGGGGGAUGUAUAUAAUAAAGGGAACUUUUGUAGUGUUUUUUUAUAUCUGUGGUUAUACUUUUGUUUGCAAGAUUGUAGUAAAAUCUUUUGAGAGAAGUCCAUUAAACAUUUUAAUAUGACUGAUUUUCUCCGAAUUCAAAUGAAUAAGAUUGUUCCUGUCAACGGCUAAGAUUGAAACAUUCACUUUUAUAGGUAUUUUGGCGUAGGGUUACAUUGUAUUUACUUGGUUUCAUUUGUAACUGUUAUUACAAAUUGUAUUAGAGUCUACGCUAGGUGAAAGAACCCUCUGCAUACAGAGCCUGUUUGUUUUGAUGUUAUUGAUUUAAACACGAGAGGUGAAGAGAUCAAUGAUCAAAUGAACAAACAAUCUAAAAAUUAUGAAUUCGUCCGUCCUCAGUUUCCCCACUUGUCAAAUUAUAUUUUUAAAAUAAUUGUGUGUUUUUGUGAACUUUGAUUCCCAAGAAAGAAAUAAAAUAAUCCUGCCAGCAUAUUGUUUUGCUGGUUUUGGGAAGCUAUUUUAUUUCAGCUGUAAUAUAGGAAGCAUUUUAGAAGCUUUAUCUUCUGACAUAAGUGGUGUCCAUAGUCUGUUCUAGAGUGCAAUUAGAGAUUUGAUUCGAUUUGUUAAAGGAUCACAAUAGGGUCAGGAACACGAACAUGUAUUCCUGACCCUAUAGUGUUAACACCACCAUCUAGCCCCUCUGGACCCCUCAUGCCUCCAUAAAUAUAGUAAAAAUCUUACUGUAUUCAUUCAGAAGCUGUAAAUCGGCAUGCUGUUAGACUCAGAAAAACAAGCAGUCUGCUGACAUGUGGUAGCCUGAUCCAAUCACAGUGCUUCCCCAUAGGAUUUGCUGAGACUGACAAAGAGGCAGAUCGGGGCAGAGCCAGCAUGACAGAGGCAGAUCGGGGCAGAGUCAGCAUCUCCUUAUAGAUAUGAAUUGAAUCAAUGAAUCUCCAUGAGGAAAGUUCAGUGUCUGCAUGCAGAGAGAGGAGAUACUGAAUCACAGGAUGCUGUGCACAGUGCUGCCCUUUGCUCUGCUGGCAGUAGAUCUGAGUGGAUGGAGGCAUAUUAUGUCUCCAUCAACUCGGAAGUCCCUCUGGUUCACUCUGAGUGACUGCAACUGGAGGUGUCCCUACCUUUCAAUGUAAACACUGUAUUUUCUGAGACAAUACAGUGUUUACAUGAGAGAGGCUGUAGGGAGCUAUAGUUCUCACCUGAACAACCUCAUUAAUCUGAAGUUGUUCAGGUGACUAUAGUGUCCCUUUAAUAACGUAAGUUAUGUCAUGGGAAAAUAUGCUUAUAUGAUUGGGGGAAUCGGUGGAUAGUGGAAACAUGUGACACUUGUGGACUGCACUCUAUUGUGUCGCAGUUCUAAUUCGAGGAUUACAGUAAAGGUGACAGCCUGUUACCUCUGAUGGGAGUCUGUUAUGAUAGAGAAGGAUGCACAAUUUGCUUUCUUUGCUGCUGAAUUGCUAUAUAACCCCAUGAUAUAUUUUAUAAAGACGUCAGGGAUAUGAAAGCAGAUAGUUUCUUGAUAGGUUUUCCUGAAUUAUUAAAAAGUUGGCAUUUUGUGCAAAAUUGUCUUCUGCCAUAGUUCCUGCUAGGAAGCGGUAAACAGAAUUAAAAACUGACUUUGAUAAUACGAAUUUGUAAAGCCUUCCGGGCUUUAUAAUACAUUACAGUAUUCUACAGGAUUUUCAAAAACGACUUGAAUACCAAAUGAAUCGUAAAAUAUUUUGCUGAAUCUGCUACACACUUUCUUUUCUAUUGGGAAUUAUUGUAUUGGCCCUUCCUUGGACAACCAAUUCUUUAUCGCAGUUGUUUGCCAAUGGCCUGAGUAACCUUUCCAGCCUACAAAGGAACAACAUAAUUUCUAGAUGUACUUGAGAAUGAGAUAAGGUAAUCCUUAGCUUGACAAUUAAUCACAGACUGGGAGAAGAUCAGAGUCUCACCAGUCCUUUGUAAACUCUCAUGGAGAGCAGAUUCUACCCAGUGCAAUAAUUUAGCAUGAGGAUCAUCAUCUGCUGAUCUGAUUAUGCAGAAAAUACAUCCCUAUAUCAUAAGAUGCUUAUAUAGAACAAGUAUAUAAAUAGAAAGCCACUCAUGUAUUUUUUAUUUUUGUUUAUUUUUUAUUUAUUUUAGGAACUAACAAUUUAAAAAAGUCUUAAAGCUUCUUUGUAAAAAUUGCUACAUAGACUUAAAGUUUUUUUGAUGUCCAUCCCUUUAACUUUAAAAGUAUAGUAUUAGGAAUACAAAACUGUCCCUCUGCGCACCCCUCCCAGUGGCAAAUAAAGGGUUAAAACCUGGUAGCUUUAAGAGCGAGAUGAAAGCUUACAUGCUAUCCCACACUGAUGCAAGUUCUGCCAAGCUAAUUAUGCUGCUAGAGAUGGAGUUACACUUGGCAGCAAACGGCUUUAAUGUUUCAAACAUACAAACUGGUGCUUGGAGUAACUUUUUUAAUUUUGUGCUUGUUUUACUGUUUAAAUUUUUUUUAGCAAAUCAGACCAGAAACUCCUGGUCAAUGUGACCAAGUGCAGCUUUUCCCAGAGGCCCUUCUGACAAACACUAGUCCAUUUCCCAGAGUUUUUUAGCAGGAGGCCAUCGAUGGAGCUACCCAUUCACAAAGGACAUUUCAGUGUAUUUCCACCCUUCUGAAAACCGGAAUUCUUGUUCUUUGAAGGGCAGGUUGCUUAGGGUUGGGAGAUAUCUGAAUGUCUAAUAGUCUGGUUCCUACAAUGUCACUGCAGUAUCCCAUCUGGGCCCCUCACACAGGCUGCUGAGUGAGAAUUGCUGAGGUCCCAAGAUGUCCCUGGUGAAUGGGCGGAUACAGUAACUGGUUCAGGCCCCCUGAUCCUGUAACUUAAAGUUGACCCUGCUGCUGGUGAAUGCAGAGAUGGCCUGUUCUGUGUUACAAUACCACGGACAGUGUUGCAAAUUCUUUUUAAAUAUGGUAACACUGCUUUGAUUGGAAAUCUACUGUAACCAAAUAAAUAAUGGCAAAUAAAGGCAGUUUAUGUAGAUUAAAUCUAAUCCCUUGCUCAUUCACACCAUUUGCGAUAUUGCCUGUAGUGAUAGUGUACUUGGUUGCAGUUAAAUAAAGAAUUUAACGUGGGAGCGUGUCCCCCAGAGUACCCACUGCUACCAAUAUGUGCGGCAAAUACACAGGUUUCUCUAUCUGCAGCAGUUUUUGCCCCAAGCUGAAAUAGUCGGGAUAUUAAACUGUAAACCAGAUAAAAACAGAACAGGAGUGGGGCAGUUCCCAAUUUGAACAGAGCAUUUUAGCAUGUUUUCUGGAUCCAGAGAUGAACUUGUCCAGGUUAGCCUCCCUGGGUUAAUCUUAGAAUAACCUUAUUUGUUUAACUUUUCCCAAGUUAAUCCUUCAAUAACUGAUAAAACACUCUGAGAUCUAAGGUUCAACUGAUUUCCCAGACUCAAGAAGAUUGGUGUAAUUUCCAAUGUAUCUAUUUCUUCUCGAACAGUCUGUUUAUUCUUAUUUUACAGUAACUCAAAUAUUACAGGAUUAGCACGCUCAAACAAAUCUUCUAUCUGUGUGUGUGUUAUUGAAUAAGGAAUAUUAGUUCUUCAUAGUCUUAAAAGCUACUUAUGAUAGUAUUUUCAUUUUGCUAACAAAUGGUCAAAUUAGCCAAUACAUAAUGCUUUAAUUGCAGUAAUCCUCAAACACAUGCCUGCUAAAUGUAAACUUUAACAAUCCCAUAGAGGAAUGAUCUUGUCCCAAAAUAACAUCACUUUUAGUCCAGAGCUACCACAUGCCAUGAUGGGCUGGCACUGGUGGGCGGUCAGUCUGAUUUGUGUCGCAAAAUCAUUUUUUAAUUGCUAAUUUGUUUUUAAUGAGAACCUCGUGAACAUCCCUGGCACUCCUAAUGAAUAACUGUAUCAUGCUGGUCUUUACUACUAAUUUACCCAAGAAACAUACUGAACCAUACUGGUGGGAUGAUAUUGCACAGGUUUGGGAUUUGGGUAUUUUUUUGGGAAGUUGUGUUGUGGUUCUUUGUUUAAUCUGUAGUCUGUGAUUUCCAUACAGCCAUCGGGAAUGCAUACGCAGUGUUAAGCAACGCAGAGAAAAGGAAGCAGUAUGACCAAUUUGGAGAAGAAAAAGUUAGCACCUCACGCCAUGGGCACUCUGACUUCCACCGAGGAUUUGAGGCUGACAUCUCUCCAGAAGACCUGUUCAACAUGUUCUUUGGUGGUGGAUUUCCCUCUAGUAAGUAUCUGUACUAUGUUUUUAUUAAUCUUGCGCAAGUUCUGAGAGAAAGGUGGCAACUGAGGUGGAUCCAGAACCUAAUCUCGGGAGGGGCACUGAUAGAGUAUUUGUAAAGGCACAAUAACUACUUCAGCUCUUUAUAGUGGUUAUGGUGCCAUGAGUGCCAUGGCACUCUCCAAGAGUAAGUAGUCAAACCGUUUAAGUACAGUUUGACAUCUUAUCUGGGGCAUGCCGGGGUAGGAGCUAUAGUAAGGGAUAGGGCCUGUAUUCGGGGAUAGGGGCAGUAGUGUAUGUGUGGGUAGGGAUGAGGGAGCAGUGCCACCAUUGGACUCCUGUUGCCAGUAUGCUGAGGUCAGAAGUCCAAUAUACACAUAAUUAACGCUAAUGAAGCUGCAGGAGGUGGUUAAACCUCUGGCAGCACAAGGGUUGAACUCUGUAUGUGCAGUAUUUCAUAGCAAAGCACAUCACAUUCAACCUCCAGGCCCCAUGACCACUUCAAAUUACUGAAAUCAUUUAAAUGGUUAGUGCUUGGAGUAACCCUUAACGCUACUUGGAUUUGUCACAAAUAGCUUGUCUUGCUAAUCAGCUUUCUAACAUUAAAGAAACACUAUAGUCACCAAACAAACUUCAUUAUAUUAACCCCUUAAGGACUGGACUGUUUUUGCGAUGUUGUACAUUUGCGACCAGGCAUAUUUUUACACUUUUGUGGUGUUUGUGUUUGGCUGUAAUUUUCCGCUUUCUCAUUUACUGUUCCCAUACAAAUUAUAUAUUGUUUUUUUCAGGACAAAAGGGGCUUUCUUUACAUACCAUUAUUUAUAUAAUCUCAUGUAUUUUAAUUUACAAAAAAUAAAAAAAUAUGAUGAAAAAUUGAAAAAAAAAUACAUAUUUUUUUACUUUUACUUGAAAAAUCUUUUACUCAUCUACAAAAGCGAAUGAAAAAAACUGCUAAAUAGAUUCAAAAUUUUGUCUUGAGUUUAAAAAUACCCAGUAUUUACAUGCUUUUUUGCUUUUUUUUGCAUGUUAUAGGGCUAUAGGUACAAGUAGGAUAUUGUGGUUUCAAAACAUACAUUUUUAAAAUUUAUCAAUAGUGACAUUGUAACACUAUUAUCUGUCAUAAAUCUCUGAAUAACACCCCACAUGUACAUAUUUUUUUUUAAAGUAGACAACCCAGGGUAUUCAAUAUGGGGUAUGUCCAGUCUUUUUUAGUAGCCACUUAGUCGAAAACACUGGCCAAAGUAAGCAUUCAUAUUUGUGUGUGAAAAAAGUAAAAAAACUAAAUUGAACGCUAAUUUUGGCCAGUGUUUGUGACCAAGUGGUUACUAAAAAAGACUGGACAUACCCCAUUUGCAAUACCUUGGGUUGUCUUCUUUUGCAAAUGGUAUGCCAUCAUGGGGGUAAUUCUCAUUCCUGGGCUACCAUACACUCUCAAAGGCAACGUAACCAACCUGGCCAUUUUCAAUGUAAAAAUAUUUGACCCAUAUAUUUGACCUUGUAACUUUCAAAAAUGCUAUAAAACCUGUACAUGGGGGGUACUGUUUUACUCGGGAGACAUCGCUGAACACAAAUAUUAGUGUUUAAAAACUGGAAAACGUAUCACAACAAUUAUAUCAUCAGUAAAAGUGCUGUUUGUGUGUGAAAAAUGCAAAAAAGUCACUUUCACUGACAAUAUCAUCGCUGUGAUAUGUUUUACUGUUUUGAAUCACUAAUAUUUGUGUUCAGCGAAGUCUCCCGAGUAAAACAGUACCCCCCAUGUACAGGUUUUAGGGUGUCGUAGAACGUUACAGGGUAAAAUACAGUGCUAGCAAAUUAAAUUCUCUGGACUUUCGGCCUGGGUUGGCAGGCAGGUCCCUCAAAUUGCAAUCAAUAAAAUUACUUAAUUAUGUAAAAUAUUACAUAAAUACGCACGUAGAAUUUAAAUAUAUAUGCAUAUUUAUAUAUUUGAAGUCUACGUGUAUAUUUAUAUAAUUAUUUAUGUAAUUUUGUAUAUGGACGUAUGUAUAUUUCGUAUUAUUUUUAUUUAUUUAUAUAUACACAAAUUCAUUCUAAGUGUAUUUUGAUAUAAAUAUAUAUAUUAAUUUUAAAAUACAGUUAGAAUAAAAUUUUAUAUAGAUAUAAUUUUUUUUUAAUUUUUUAUUAUUAUUUAAAAAAAAUUAUUUAAUUUAAAUUACUUAUUAUAUAUAUUUUAUAAUAUAUAUAUACAAUAUAUAUAUAUAGUUAUUAUAUAUUAUAUAUGUGUGUAAUUUAAUUAUAAGUGUAUUUUUAUAUUAAUAUAAGUACAUAUUAAUAUAAAAAUAUACUUAGUAUGGCAUUAUAUAUAUCAUAUAUAGACAUAUUAUAUAGAUAUAAUAUGUCUAUAUAUCAUAAAUACACAUAUAUAAUUAUUAUUUUUUUUUUAUUAACACUAACUUUAUUUUAUUUUUUGAUUCUAUAGUUGCAGGGAGGCUGCCUGUCAGCACAGACAGUCCCCCUGCAGGCAGACACAUGGACACAUAUUGUGACCAUGUGAUCGCUGUGUUAAGCGAUCACAUGGCCACAGGGGUCCUAAUCCAGUGUGGGGAGACUGUCUGGGCUGCAGGCAGUCUCCCCACAACCGGAGCAACGCUGAUCGCCGCCGGGGGAACGACGGCGAUCAGGUAAGUAACUCAGACCGUUAGGACGGUUCAGGACAGUCAUCGGUCGGCAAGGCAAAAAUGUCGUGAAGGGGUUAAUGAAGCAGGUUUGGUGUAUAGAUCAUACCCCUGCAGUCCUACUGUUACAUUCUCUGCCAUUUAGGACUUAAACCACUUUGUUUAUGCAACACUUGUCACACCUCCCUGCAUGUGACAUACACAGCCUUCCUAAACACUUCCUGUAUGGUGAGAUCUAAUGUUUGCAUUUCCUUUAUUGCACUGGUAAUUUUAAUUUCUUAUUUCGUGCACUAUUAAUAGCUAGCUAGACCUUGCAGGAGUCUCCUGUGUGAUUAGAAGUUUUUAUCUUGUGCUUUGCAAAUUGAACUUUUAAAUCCAUUUAAAAGCAUUUUUUUUCCAUGCAGAUUGUGUCAAUCACUGUCAGUUGAGGUGUGACUAGGGCAGCAUAAACAACGUGAUUGAACUCUAAAAACCCAUGUGUAUAUCUUCCAACAGAUUUCUAAGCUUGAACAGCUCUUUGCAACCAAACUUUUAAAUUUGAACUAACUUGUAACUUGGGUCUGAAAGUUCUGUCCAGAUAUUGUGAAUAAAGUCCAGCGUUACUAAUUCUGCCUCUUGUUACUUAAAGGUAAUGUUCAUGUAUACAGUAAUGGAAGAAUGCGUUACACUUACCAACAGAGACAAGACAGACGGGAACACCAAGCAGAGGUUAGUAAAUCCAACUUAAAAUCUUUUCUAACAUUCAUCAUACCUCACUAUCAUGCUUUACAAAGACGGCCGAGCACUGGUGGAUAUUUUUCUCUGUUACAAACACUGGAUUGAAUAUGCAUCACAUGAUUGUAGCUGCUUCACAGCGUCUUAGAUCCUUGAACCUCUUUGUUACUCCAAUUACACAUUUUUUCCUUAAUUACCUGCAUCUGAUAUUUUUAGCUCACAACUCACUUGAACGUUUUAGUUCUCGAAAAACAAACAAACCUAUUGCUUCUGUUCUCCUCAGAUGUUACUUUCAGAUAAAUGGGAUUUGGGGGGAAAAAAUACGCUUGUCCCAAUACACAGGGUUCGGGAAAGGGACUAAGAACAGAUUGCUAGCAUAAUAAGGCAGAGCUUCUUCCCUUUCAUCCAAAUCCUUUGUUCUAUCCUUAGAAGCCUUUCUCUCCGUUUAAUGCUGCAACAUAAAUAUUUCUGGCCACAUUCACCAUGAGCAUAAAGCUGCAGCAUACAUGAUGGCUUAUUUUUGUCUUCAGUGAUUUCAAGUGGUUGUGAUGCUUGGAGUCUGGCUGCAGACUUAACUCCUUUUCUGUCAGAGCUGUGUCAUUGGGGCAUCAUUAGCCAGCUGUGCUAAUGUGCACCCCUAGCCUGUCCUCCCCGACUCCACUCCCACUGUGGCGAGGUGCCCUGACAUUGACAGAGGAAAAUUGGGUCAUGGUGCUAUUUGGCUAUUCACAAAAGGCUAAUUUGAUUAUUUCAACCAACUUGUGCUUUUGUCCAGCUACAGUUUGGUGGUCUGUUAAAAUUUGUCAAAUCUAAUUAGAAUUUAGCUGAUUUGACUAUUAACAGGCGGCUGAACGGUCUCCAUUCACUUGAUGCAGAAUGUACCCUGUCCCUAAAUUAUUCUAAUUCCCCACCUCAAAAAGGUAAGUAUAGAUCACCCAGGUGCAGUUGGUAUAUAAUACAAAAAGAUAAUUACUCUUUGGUUAGGUAUGACAAAGGAUUCCUUUCAAUCCUCAAUAUAGGCGAAAAAACAAGAUAUACCUAAACACAUAUUCUCUGUCUAUAUGUUUAGGUAUAUCUUGUUAAUUCCCCACCUCAUCUUUACUCUGUAUUGGUACACUAACACCAAAUCUCCCCCCCGCCCCCCUGUUAACAACUAAAUGUUGUUGGGUAUUCAUGAUGGAUAUUAAAUGAAAGACCUUUCUCUCCUUUAACAAACACUAUAUAUUAUGUAUUGGGGAACUUAAAGAGAAACCCUUAAAUUACAGUGUAACAAACAUAAAUUCUAGGUUUUGUUUUGGUUCAGAACUUAAAGGAACACUUGUAACUUUAGUUUGUUGACUGCAGUUCAAGUUGACUGUUGAAAUCCUUUACACAGUCAAAAGCAGUGGGCUGUCCAGGAGAACUAAUUGGGUAGCUUAAUGCAACCGUUUGGUUUGAACAGGGCAGUUGGAACAAGAGCAGAUACAAUAUUUAACAGGUGAAGCAGAAUUGACUCUCCACUUUAGCUAAUAAUGGUAUUUGUCACUUUUACUCCUCAUUUUUUGGCUAACAUGAUGGUUCAUUAUACAAAGAUAAAUACUUAUAGCGGAAGUUGCAACUUUUAUUGUACCGGGGUGAAAAUAUAUAGUUAUUUGUGACACAUCAUAUUUACUAGUAGCAGACAAAUAAUAUCUUGGUUACAUGUUAAUAUUGUCAUUUUAAUGAUGUUUCAGGGCAGCUUUGGGAUGUUUGUUCAGCUGAUGCCUAUUCUAAUCCUCAUCAUAGUAUCUGCCCUCAGUCAGAUGAUGGUGUCCAACCCGCCUUACAGUCUCAGCCAUCGACCGUAAGUAUAAACCUCCCAUAGAAUUUACUCACAGAGUUUCUCAAUAAUGGCAAGGCGCCUUGAGUUUUAUUUUUGCUCAUUAACAUUUCUCAGUCAUAAGGCAACAGUGGAACUUUGUGGCAUCUGAUAAUAUAUCUUUCCAGUAGCGAUCUGGAUCUUCCAUGACCGCUUUGGCAAACCUUUGAGGAUAGCAGUAUGUGACAGUGAAUUUUUCCUAUGUAGCUUCCCAUGCAUGUCAUUCUUGGUUGACACAUUUAUUUACUAUUGACUCAUGAAUGUAUACUUUAUCUAGUUUAAGAGAAUACUGCUGGCCGUUUAUAGUUACCGAACGGUUCUUAGUGUUCUCUUUUCAUAUUAUUCAACUUGCUCUUACAGUGCUUUCAGUUGGAUGGGUUCUUACUGGAAGAAACAAUAUUGUCGAAUUGACUGCAAAGUAAUGGAGGCCACAUAAGUUUAGAACUCUCCUUCCUUCAGAAAUGUCAUAUGAUGUCAUACCUUGUUGUGCAAUGUGAAGUUACACAGUGAAAAACACGUUGUGAAAUUUGGUGUAUGGGGAUCAGUCAUAAGGGGUCCUCCAUAGACCUUUGUUCAUGAGCCAAAAUAAAACUGUGACACAGCUACUGUUGGAUGAACCGUCAGAAGCUGAACAUUUGUUUUGAAAUAAAGAUGGCGGUACCUGUGUCAGGUAAGUAUAUCUAUCUUUGUUUAUUUUAACCCCCAGCUGCUACAACAGAAGCUUGACAAACUGGUUUAAGGGUUAACGGCAUGUCCUGAUUGAAAUCAUAAAAGUGCUUAUUCACUCCUUUUGAAUGGGAGGAUCCUGCUUGGGUUGGGAGAUUUUUAAAGGAAUACUCCAAAUGUUAUAACAGAGAAAUGUAUUAUAUUUUGUUUUGCUUUGUAUUUGGGAGUGUUUCUUUACCAAUCAACUUGUAGUAUAUGUGGAAAUUCCUUGAUGGUGCCAUAUCUUUCUUUUUUUUUUUUUUUACCUUGUAAUGUCUACCUUCACAUGCCGAUAUUGCAUGAUUAAUUAUGAAAUCAUUGUUCAUUUAACUCCAUAAUGUUUUCUGAACAGGGAAAAAAAGGUUUGUGGAAUUUGAUUGCCGACUGGUUACUGAUGUCAGAUUGUAAUUUAGGCAAAUGUGUGAGAGGUUUUCAAAAUCUAUUGUACAUCUUGCUCUGUUGAGGUUCAUUUUAAAGAUGAAUUAAUAGACAAAAUGAAAAUCAUGUUAAGUCUACAGGUUUAUUCACUAAUGAGAAGUCCAACUGAAUUUCACAAUUAAGGUCAAAAAAGCCAAACUGAAAAAAAUUCUCUAAGUCAACUUUGCUUUCUAUCCUGUUGUUCUGAUGACAGCAGGGUUAAAUCCUGCUUACACACGGAAGAUACAGGUAUCAAAUUAUUAAUAGUGCCUGGAGUACCCUGGUACUGUGCCUUUUUCAAUGUUUAACUAUUUAAUAUUUUCCAUAUUAGCCAAAGUAGCACAGAGGGUCUGAACUACUGGGGAUUCUUGUUAAUUAUUAUACCAUUAAAAAUGGAUUAACACUGAAUGGGACAGCGCCAGGGGACUCCAGACACUAUAACUUUUUCAAUGAGAUGAAGCAGUUACAGUGCCUACAGUGUUUCCUAUUCUUAAACUGCUUCAAAAUGGUUUAACACUAAACCGUGUCAGGGGACUCCAGGAACAAUAACCACUUUGAUUAGAUUAAGUGGUUAUAGUUCCUAGAGUGUCCCUUUAACACAAAGCACUUCUUUAUGAGAUUGAAUGAUAAAUAGAUAGUUAGAAUUUAUUAAACUAGCAAAUGUUGGGCAUGUCGUACUAUCUGUGCAAAGGAUGACCAGGAUUUGGAGUAUGCUACAUUCUUCUGAAGUCUUUUUAUUGAUUCUUCUUCCCAACAGGUCUGUGGGUCAUGUAAACAAGAGGGUAACGGAACAUUUGAGGGUUGCUUACUUUGUAUCGGAUACCUUUGAAGAGGAGUACACUGGGACAAACCUGAGGAACGUAGAGAGGAGCGUAGAAGAGGACUUCAUAGCCAAUCUUAGGAAUAACUGCUGGAAGGAGAAGCAGCAGAGUAAGUGUCUAUCUGGUGCAGAUCGCUCCUGCACAAUAGAUUGUGUCCUUGUGCUUAAAAAUUGGAAAGGAUUGGGGUCGCUUAUAAAGUGCGUGUGUAUAUUCUGAGAACUAGUGUGUUAUAACAUUGCAUAAACAGCCACCUGUAAAGGAGAAUUCGCCAUGUGCAAUGCUGAUGCAAUGCUUAUUUUCUAAACAAGUAAUCCAUUUGAAGACACUCCAAGCUGUGGCUGCCUUCUGCCAAAUUUCCUAUUUUUUUUGUCUUCCUUUCGUGCAUUAUGAAGAUGUUUGUUGAUUUCCAAGUAAAUCAAUGACUGUGUUCUGACUGUGCAUUCAGUACUACUGUACUGGCAUAGCUCUCCUAUUGACACCUUACUCCUGGUCUCACUAGGCAUAGAAGCCAGUCGAAGCACUUUAUUUUUUACAUUUUGAGUCAUUGCUACUGCAAUGCUACAUAAUAAAUACCAACUAUCAUCAUCGUCUCCUAUGGAGCGCUCUGGCACCGUCUGAAACCCUUUGAUAAAUCACAGCAAACUUACGCCAGUUAGUAAAUGAUGGAAUGCUGUGCAACUCUAACAUUUAAAAUACAAGGCACAAUAUACUUUGAAAAAAAAACAAAAAACUCUCCCACCCCCACAAAAACUCCUCCUGCGUUAUGUCCUGCUCUCCACCCAUAGCACCGGCUAUGGAGUAUUUGCAGGAGGCUGCUAUAGCUGGCAGGAGAAAUGGUGAUGAGAUGAGAUAGUAGGUAAUUUCUCCCCUCCCUACUGCCACCUGUGCAUUAUUUCAGCCACCCACAGCUAACCUUUGAUGAGCUAUUGGCAAAGUGGAAAGGGUGGAUUGCUGAUUUAGAAAGCAGCCUCUGUAUGUCUACACCUUCCUGCAACUUUAUCCUGCCUCUUGGCAAAUGACAAUUGGAAUGUAGCUAUUACCUGCAUGUCCAUGGACAUAUGAUCGUUUCACGUGAGGUCCGUUGACUGUGUGAAUGCCAAUGUAAGGGGCAUAUCUGGGAGCGCAAAAGGUGGUAGAGAUCAUAGCUGUGUAUGGGAAGGGAGGAUGGAAGUGUAAUUGGAACAUAAAAGGGCAUGAGAAGGAAGAGGGGUUUAAUUGGUGGAAGAUCUUUUAGAAAAUUACAGGGAAGACAGGUUGGCAUAAGACAUGGGUAGGAAGGCAGAGGUUGGUAAGGGUCAUGGCAAGUAGGGCAGUUGUGGUCAUUUGACCUGACAUUGAGGGCAGAUGUUUUUUUUUGUUUUUUUUUACAAACUGCCAGCACACAUGCUAUGGGGAGGAUGAAACCUUAAAUAUCAGAUUUUUAUAGAUUAAAUUAAAUCUGAAACUGAGGCAAAAAUAACCAGUUGGGACUACAACAGAGUGAAAACAUUUUCAUCCACAAACUUUCUAAUAUGAAAUUAUUUUGUCGGGACAAGUAGGUUAUGCUACUAAUAAUUUUCUCUCCCCUGUGUGACUUGUGUACAAUUAUAUUUGUAAGUGCAGAGUGUCUGCUAAACCGAAUUACAAUCUAAUGAAAUGUAUCAUCUGCCUUGUUUUUCACUUUUUCUCUACAGAGGAAGGAUUGCUAUACCGGGCACGUUACUUUGGGGACUCCGACCUGUACCAGAAGGCUCAGAGGAUGGGUACUCCUAGCUGUAACCGACUAAAUGAAGUCCAAGCCUCUAUGCAUGGCUAGUUCUUGCAUAGAACAUGGAGUAAGCACAGGUAGAGAAUAAAUAGAUCUUUGGUUGACAAGUCAAUGGGAUUCGUGCAUAAAUGCAUCUUAGGCUUUAAAGGACCACUCUAGGCACCCAGACCACUUCAGCUUAAUGAAGUGGUCUGGGUGCCAGGUCCAGCUAGGGUUAACCCUUUUUUCUAUAAACAUAGCAGAGAAACUGCUAUGUUUAUAAUAGGGUUAAUCCAGCCUCCAGUGUCUGUCUCGUUGACAGCCGCUAGAGGCGCUUGCGUGCUUCUCACUGUGAUUUUCAGUGAGAAGACGCCAGCGUCCAUAGGAAAGCAUUAUAUGCUUUCCUAGGAGACUGGCUGAAUGCGCGCACGGCUCUUGCCGAGGAGGAGAGCUCCCCGCCUGGCGCUGGAGAAAGAGGUAAGUUUAACCCCUUCCUCACCCUAGAGCCCGGCGGGAGGGGGACCCUGGGGGUGGGGGCACUAUGGUGGUCCUUUAAUCAUUAUCAUUCUUCAUAUUCAAGAGUCAUUAAUUUACCACAAGUACUUGAUUUAUUUCUCAAAUUAUAAGAUGUCUCUGAUUAGAAAAAAAAACAUUGGGACAUGUUCAACAAAACACACAGCCCUCCCCCUUUCUUUUUUUUUUUUAAAUUCUUUAUUUAUGUCAAGACAGAAUGAAAACAUACAACAUAUCCAUAACAUAAGUAUACUAUAAAAAGACGCACAUUAACAAUAGUAAUAUACCUAUGGGUAGUAUAUACACAGUCGUGAAUAGCAUAACCGAUGUAGCCCGUAGGUUUAGUCCGUACAUUGUGUCUUAGAGCUAAUCAUAGAAAUUUAUAACGUCCAACAACCCAUCUUGGUUUUUAUUGAAGUUAAAAGGGAAUCCUGCACAAUCGUACAAACGUUGGAUUAAAGAGAGAGAGCAUUUUUCGCUUGAUGGUCUCUUCCUCUUUAGGAACGUCAGAUCCAUGAGAACGGGAGUCUCCUGUGCCUCUAUAUAUUUAAAAAGUUACUCCAAGCACCAUGACCACUUCACUGAACUGGUCAUGGUGCCCGAUGUUUGUAUGUGCAGAGUGUAUGCUCCUGCUGCCAGAGGUGUAACACCCUCUCCAUUAGACCCUUUCUGGGUAAAUUUGGUAUGUGAAGCCAGCACUAUUUUAAAGUUUUGAGUGCGGACCAACAGAGCAAGGAUUACAAUAACGAAAAACAGGUUUGUUUACUUUAAAGGGUUAUUCCCCCCCCAAAAAAACAGUCUGUACCACAAUCACCGAAUACCUUUUUAUAGCUUUAUUUAAUACAUUUUUUUUAAUUCAAAGUGAGUUUCAAUUUAAGGUCAAAGUAGAUGAACUGGGAUCUUAGCUGACUUGGAAUUUUCUUUCCGUUCAGCUAUUUUGUUCUUAAAUUUGAAAUUAACUUUGAACUCUGACAACACUAGCAAAAAUAAAUGUCCUAAACUGUACCUUGUCUCUUAUCCUGCAGAUGUUCCAAGUAGCUGGACUCUUUCGGCAAUACACACUGAAUAAAGAGAACGCACGAGAAGAAUACAUCAUAACUCCUUCACUGCCAGAGGGACUUUCAGCUCAUUGCUCUCCAAUGUAUUUCAAUCCCCUCUAACAGAGAAUGGAUUCAAACUUAGGAAAUAUCAAUGCACAACUAUUCUGCCAUUAUUUGGCCUAGUUAGAUAUUAGGACGGGAUUUAAAAGCUGCUCGACCUUUUCCCCAAAAUUCCAUCCGCUGCCCAUAGACUGACCCCCUCCCCCCCCAUGGAGCCCCUUCUAUAUAAGAUGCAACAACCAUUGCAGUUCUGCGGCCGGAUGAAAAUUAUACAUGUUUUUAAAAAAGCUGUGCGUCACGACCAUGGAUCCCCUCAGACAAUGGCCGAAUAUUUCUUUAAACUGUACUAAAAUCAGAAGACUUUUAGAACAAAGAAAAUCCGAAACGUGAGAAAGAAAACGAAAAUCUAUUUAGAAUUAAUUUAUAGCUGUAUAUAUAUAUUGUACUUUUAAACAGAAAUAAUUGUGCAGAUGUUGGAUGAAAUCUCUAGCCAAUGUUCUGCAGUGCUAAUUAAACCGUUGUGUGAAUCUUCUUUGUGUUGGCAUUGGCCAGGCGCUGAGUCUUUCAUAUUUAAUAUAAUUGCAUCUGACUGAAUAUAUUUAAUAAAUCUAGAGACACUUUGACUGUGUGCUUUUUCCAAUGAUGCAGAAAUAGCAUUGACACUGCUUUGUCAUUUUUCAUCAAAUGUGCUUUGUUCUUGUAAACAACUACAGUUUUAAAGUGGUAGUGAUGUUGACAUAAAAAACAAAAAAAAACAAAAUGCUGCUAUUGUAGUUUCUAGAACUGCAAGGGUAGAUUAAUCAAAUGAUGAAAUACUAUUUAGAUCAAUGGUGGCCAACGUGUGUUUUGGGGGCUAUAGUGGUGCUCUGAAUUAGACACAAUGAAAGCAGCUAGUGGACAAAGUGUUCAAAGCAAUGGAAGAGAAUUAACACAGAUCUGUUUAGUAGGAUCCUCGACCUUAGGUCUAACAUUUUGUUAAGUUACUGCCUAGCAGAUGUGAAUUGGUUGUAAGUGCACAGCACCCACACUGAUUGGUAUCGUAACUGGGGUAUGAGAGUUAAAUCAUUGUGAGUCUGCCUCCAUGUAAUUUUUCAUACAGCCUUUUGGUCGUGAAGUGUGUUUGGUUUUUGUUUAGGGGGUGUCUUUAAGAAAGGUUUUCUAUGAAAUCGAUUUGUACAAGUGGCUGAUAUUUGUUGUGUAUAUAUAAGACAGGAGCUAUGAAAAUUGACCACUUGGUAGUGUAUAACAUGCAUUCAAUGAAACUUAUCAAUGGGUGCCAUAUGAUUGACUGAUGCCUGGGAGCUACUAAUGAUAUGAUAUGGUCAUGAAUUAUUAUUAUUACUGCCAUUUAUAUAGCGCCAACAGAUUCCGUAGUGCUUUACAAUAUUAUGAGAGGGGGGAUGUAACUAUAAAUAGGACAAUUACAAGAAAACUUACAGGAACAAUAGGUUGAAGAGGACCCUGCUUAAACGAGCUUACAGUCUAUCAUAUUAAUAUGAUUGUUUAUAUGUCAUGAAUGUUCCUGAUGGAUACUUAAUGUUAUUCUGGUUGUGGGUGGUAUGGAAGUGUCGUGUGUCAUGGUGAGAUGUUUCCAUUGUGAACUGUGCCUCUAUCAGUCAAACCAAAUACAUACAAAUACUUGAUGGACAAGUAUUUAGUUCCUUGGAACUUACUCAUGUAUUAUAGAAGGGAUAUGAUUCAAGGGUAGUUUGAGGAAAUUGAAUGAGGGUAAUAUAGCUUACCAUGUUGAUUGCUGAUGCGUUCGUGUGUGUACUUGACAGGUGCUGUGUAAGAGGUCAAUAAUAUGUAAAUUACAUUGUGUUGUAGCUGUGAUUAAAGAUAGAAAUUCAUAUUGUAUGUAAGGUGAGUCUGACAUAGGGCUGAUUUUCGGUGAUAAGGAUAAUUGAUGUCUAAAUGUAAUGACUGGUAUUCUGUGAUAUAUGAAUAAAGAGACUGAAUUGUUG